AUGGCUCUACGCAGAUCCCCCUCCUCUACCUGCGCAGGUGAGUGCUUCAGUAACCCAUAGGAAACCCAGCAGGAUCCUCUUUUGUGUGGCCUGUCUUGCCUGUCCACUCUGUAUUCUCAGCCAGCAGAAAGGGACACAAUAGACAGGACCACCGUAGAGUAAGCGGCCUAUUGUACCGUCCUGUUCCCUCCAGAGUGUGUGUGUGUGUGUUUUUGUGUGUCAGCAGGCCGUGUGGGGCAGCCGUCGACAAGCUUUACGGCAAGCAGGGUAUAUGGUUGCAUGUGGGGCGGCUGUAGUUUGUUCCACCUCUUCAUUCAGACUCCUCUCCUCUUAUUCUCAGUCAGUUUGUUACAUGGAGGAAUGUUUCUUUAUUUUUUAACCACGGUUUUAUCAUCAUGACUUUGUCUGAGACAUGUGCGGCACAGUAAACCUCAGUCAGGACAGUAAUCCGGGUUAGUUUACAUGUCUGGCUGCUGCCCUGCUGCUCCAUAAGUGAGGUGAGGGAGCAGAAAGAGCUGAAUUCAGAUCAUGUUUUCUUUCUUUUAGUGAAGAUAGUGCAAAGAUAACGUCCCCAAAAACCCUGAAAGGCAAAAGCCUGAAACGAAGCGUCCCCCUGCUGUUGAGUAGAAACUGCCUGGAGCUCAAAUGCUGACUUCAGAAGAAAGAACUUGAAGUGCAUGAAGAUUUUAUUUUUUUGGCUUCGGGGAAAACAUUUCUGAAGUACAGCAGGAGGGCGUUAUCUGUGGUGUCAGGGGAGUUAUUUCUGCAGCUUUGGGAUGUCAGGUUUAUACUAUCUGCAGGGUUUUAUGAUCCAUAGUCUUUAUGCUGCUGCUGCAGAUGCCGUAUCGAUGAAUAAUGAUGAUCAUCCAGCUGUUGCACACACUUCCUUCCUCUAAAAUCCUCUAAAAUUAAAUUCCCCCUCAGGACGUGUUUUCUAGACGUUAAAAAGCUCACCUUCAGUUUUUCCUCAAAACUUUAAAAAAAUUCAAAUGUCAUUUUUCCCGCUAUUUAUGAAUUUGCAAAUCUUUACAGUCUCAUCAUAAUUAAUGACCACAUGUUGCUCCCAGACCUGUCAUUUUGUUCAGUCAUUGGUGUUGAAGCCUCUCCAAACCCUCAUAGAUGCUGGCCUUCAAACUGGACUGGAGGAUCAAACUUUUCACUUUGGGACUAAAUCCCAGAGAAGUGGCGAGCACAGUUUGCACAUACGCAGUGGUGGUGUAUUCCCACUACAGAGUCUUGUUUGUUUUUAAUGCGGUUGCACCUGAGAUCCCUGAAUGUCAGGACCAUCAUCACCUGAAUCUGGUUUCAGCCUCGACUUUUCAUACAGAGACUCUCUGAACCUUUCAACCCUCCUCCUGUGUUGGUCUGCACUGACCUGUUUUUGUUUUUAAACGCUUAGAAGAAACACUUAAAUUAGUUUUUUUUGCAUCAAGACUUUUCGACUUUGUCAGGAAUCUCUAUUUCAACAAAAUAAAUGUAAAAUUGACUAAAUUAUAAAAUGCUCUUAUUAAAAUUAUGGCACUUGUUGACCCGUUUAGAUCAAUAUCUAAUAAUCAGAGCAAAAACUGAAAUCACAGGUGCACUGUCAGGCACCACACUGACAGUCAGAUCCUCCUCCAAUCAUGUCAGAUUUAGGAAAUUCUCAUUUAGCCAUGUUUAUCCCUGCACGAAAAACAACGUUGGGCAUGUCCAGACAUGUGAGAUCAAUUCAGUAUAGAUGUCUGUGUGAGGGGUAUACUGACAAAGAAAGACCCAGAGGCAAUAUAAGCAAUAUUUUCAUAGAUAAUGAAGCCUAACAAGGUAACCAAGAGAGGAGAACCGAAUUGGAUGAUAGAGAAUUGUUUUUAGUGUAAUUUAAAAUGGUCAAAACUGACCCUUAACACGGUGGGUACGUAGUAAAAGCUAACACAGGAGGAAGGUUAAUAAUGAUAUUGUGUUUUGUAGACAAUAACAUCCUUUAAUACUGAGUAACCGUGUGUUUGCUCACAGUGUCUGCUGUCAGAAUGAAAAGGUGCAGAGGAGCAGGAUGAAUGAAUAAAACUUUUACUGCCCUAAAGGAACAACAUAACAACCAUAAAUGAUCCGAUAUAAACCCAAACAGGAGAGUGUGUAUACUCAAAAUUAAGCAAAGUCAUCAAAAAGUACAUAAUCAUAACAACGCACAGUUACUCAUGAGGAGUAUCAGAGGCCAAGUUCAAUAAAGUGAAGGGGGGAAAAGUUCAGAGUGUUGACGGAGCUUGUUAAAGUUGUGGAGAGUUUUGUCUCGUAGUGAAAUGAGCAGCUGUGCUUCUCAGUGAGCUCCAACACCAAGAUUUACCGUUUCUAUGUUCUCAUUUUUAACGGCUCUAUCUCUGUGAAGGAGGCUAAGUGUCGCUGCCUCACCUUGGGUUUUCUGUAUCUGCUAUCUGACGCUUCAAAAGUGGAUAUUCAGUCUGUUGUAAAUUUAAAGGUUUUAUUCAAAAUGUUUGGAUUCGUCAUGUCUGUACAUUUGUUCUUGACUUUUGACUCUCCACAAGUCGUCCUUCAGGUCGUUAUCUUUGUGAUAUUUGUGUUUUUAUCAAAAAUCACUCUGUUCUCCGACACGUAAACAAUCAGCCGGUCGGCCAUGUUGGAUAUACCGGUGAAUCUGACGUCACAACAUCAUGAAAUCGACACAGUGUGUACAACUUUAGAAAAUUCAACCGUGAUACGAAAAAUAAAUGCCGCAAUAUCGCAGAAUGGGAAAAUGUCGCUGAUGAUGCUUAUAUUGACAGGAUACAGGUUCGAAAAAAAAAUUAACGUCCGAAAUAAUCGCACGACAAAAACACUCCCGGUGUGUAAGGACCUUAACUUUACAAAAACCAUCAAAGUAAUGUUUAUAGAUGGAUUAAAAACCAAAUAUUAACCAUCUACAAAGUGCUACUGACUCAUUUUAAUCUAGAUGUUUUACAACCAAUAUUUAAACCCUAUAUAAACCUUAAAUAAACAGUCCAUGGUUAUAAUUUCAUUGCUUGUUAAUGGUAAAGUAACUAUUAACUUACAUUAUUAAACUAUCUAUUUACCAUUUAUAAAUUAUGGUUAUCAUAAAGUGUUACCCAAAUUUAUUUCCAUACUUUCCAUACUUGUGUAGGAACCCUGUAUGAUGCCGUUCUUUUGCAUUAAACUUGCCCACUCAGUCCUCAGUCCUCACUUAAAUGCACAACUCUUUAUGUUUAAUUAAGAUGCUAAUUACACAAAAGCAAACAAGACAGAGUUUGAUAUGUAUUUGUGUUAAAAAGCUUUCAUACAGUCAGUAAUAAAAGCAUCAGCAGCUCUGAGUCUUUUGUGUCCUCCUGCUGCACAUUAGCCGUGCGUUGAUGGACGCCUCUUGUCUGUGAAAGAAGAGGGUUUUUAUCCUGCUGUAUCACCUUUUUGAACAGAGAGGACCGUGUUUACAGAAGUCAAAGAGAGAAGAAGCAAUUAUUUAUAUGGCUUUGCUCUUGGAAGAUAUCGAGAGAUAAACUUUGUCAUUAGGAGAAGUAUGAUAUGAGAAAUAAUGUAUUUUCUUCUACAACACCCAAAGACGUUCAUGAAUGAAGACCAGCUCCGACUUUCUUUAUGCCGGAUGAUGGAGGCUCAGAAAAAGCUUUUGGUUAAUCUUCAAAUCUAUAUUUUAAAAUCUUUUAAACCCCUAAAAAAACAUCCCAGAGAGCAUCAUGUUGGCUCUCUGUGGCGCCCUGCUUUAUGUUUGUACAAGAGGGAUUUUCUCAUUCAAUUGCCCUCCUACUAAAUUCAAACUGGCGACCUUCCAGUUCGAGGCCUGCCUCUCUAACCUCCGGGCUAGUACGCCGCUGUCAAGUGAGCUGGAAGGAGGAGAAACACAACUGUUGCCCAUAAAUCUCUCCACUCGUCGGUAAAAAAAAUAAAAAAUGCUUUAAUAGAGACGUUUCCAUCCUCUUGACCUGGCUGACAGAUCUCAUAUUUGUGCUGUAUAUGUCGAAGUGAGUGAAGUACAUCUGAGUGAGUGGAGCGGAGAGUGAAAGGUAGAAUGUAAUAGAGCAAAAGAGAGAGCUGUCCGUGGUGCUGAAACGAGAGCACAGCACGUGGCCUAGUGCGUUACUAUGGCUACAGCUGUCUGUAUCCCUAAAAUAACCAUACACACACAUAGUAACCUUAUUCCAUAAAAAAGUCCACCCUGGAAACAUUAAAAUGUUGGUUUUGUUGCAAAUGCAUUCAAAGUUAUAGAGUUUCGACACCGUUUACAAUCCGCUUCUCCUCACGUGUCUUAUUCUCUGUCGUUUUUUUUCGCUUUCUUUUUCAUCUCCAGGCUGAUUGUAAGAGGUUGACUCCAUGUAGGCUUUCCCUUUGUACGGCGCCUGAAGACGGGGCUCGUUGACUGUCACACAAAUCAGUUUGCGCAGUGUGAAACAAAGCCUCUGCAGGCUGAUUUGCAUAUUUGUGGCUCUGACAACAGGAGGAGUGGCUGAAAAAAGUGAAUCCAGGAAUGAUGAAACUCGAGCACAAAUACGAGGCGGGCCUUCAAAAAGAAAGAGGGAGAAAAACAACAACAGGGUUUUUUUUUUUCCCAACAGACUAAUAGAAAGUGUUUUUUGUCUGAUUCAGGCCUUAGUUUGAGCUUUGCUGGUACUGGACUACAUUUUAAAUGCUGAAAAACAAAUACAAGACUAAGACUAUAUCGUCCUAAAGGGUAAAAUAAAAAAAGUUUCAACCAUGCUAAUCUGCAAGAAAAAGUUUAUCUUUUGCUAAAGCUAAGUUAACCCGCCUUUGGCUCUGGUCUUGUUGGCAGAUAUGAACGUGAUUCUAAUCAUCUUCUCCAUAAUUGAAAUUGAUAAUCUUCAUUUAGGGCUGGGCGAUAAACCAAAGAUUUACCGAUACCGAAAUUUACGACAAUAACUGAAAAAUAUUAAUAAAUGAAAGUUGGUUUUGGAUGUGUGUUGGUAGGCUUUGGUCUCAUGUCCCUUUAAAAUCUAUUUUCUAAUUGUUUUAUGAAGAUCUUUGAUAUCAGUUCAUUUUAUUUGAAAAUCAAUCUUUUAUUGGGGUCAUUUUUUUUAGUGUGAACUUUAAUAUUUUAAAUAUUGUGCCUAGUUUGAAGGUAUAUUCUUAUUGAAUGAACUAAAAGUAUAAUUUCUGAUAUUAGAUCUCUAAGACUCCCUUUUAGAGCUGGGCGAUAAACCGAAUAUUUACCGAUACUGAAAUUUACUACAACAAAGGGAUUAACCCGGAUCUCCCGACUGCGAUUAUGUCCUACAUCUACAGCCUGUUACAACUCACAAAGAAGUACACACACCUCAGCUGAUUACCUGUGCUGCUAAACCUGCAAAUGAAAUAAUGAUUUGAUCGAAUACUUUGUCUUAUUGAUUGAUCGGGGGUGAGGAAACCAAUCUGAUAAAGUUAGAAUUGCAAUUCUUGAUUCCUACAAUGUUGGAAAAAAGUCAUCAAUGGUCCUAUUUGCAUGAAUACAUCACAGACCCAUCAGAAUCUCCAUCCUAGGGCUGGGCAAUAAACCAAAAAUUACUGAUACCAAAAUUUACGGUAGUUGGGUUAGUAUGAGUUUCAUGUUAUAAACCAUAGUGGACGUCUGAACUGGCAGACUAGCUGGGCUCAAAUAGUCCCAGGGUCAAGUCUAGGGCUGGGCGAUAAACCGAAAAUUUACCAAUACUGAAGUUUACGACAAUAACCGACGUCAUUUUGCCCGUAUCGGUGUAUUUGGUGUCAAAUAAAUAAAUGAAUAAAAGUUUGUUUUGGAUGUGUGUAGGUAGGCUAUGGUCUCAUGUCCCUUUAAGACACUGUCCUACGUCAGAGACGUGACUCCGCCCCAUCCAGUCCGUAACAAAGAGGGAAAGACAGGUGAGGAGAUGGAGGACGGUUCAAAAGUUGUAGCGGCUGAAGUAGACGAAGUUAAUGUGGGAGGGAGUGAUCAGCUUGUGGAGUAGUUAUUGUCCAUUUAUCGUUAUUGAGGUGAACUGAUCAAUAUAUCCUGAUAUUGAUUUGAGGAAAUAUCGCCCAGCCCUAUCUUCAUUAAUUUUAAGAGGCUGUAAAUCAACAGUCAGGACAGAGAUGCUUCCUUUUACUUCUGCAAACAAGUUUCUCCCUAAAAUCCCAAAUUGGCUUCAAUCCCAGUAAAUUCAAGCAAACUGACUGUCGGCCAAAAUAUGAACCCAAAUGUGUGAUAAACAUUUACUGUCCUGCUGUUGCCUCUGUGAUUUUAUAUCUGAGGAACCGUCCUCUCUAGUAUAUGACAGACUUUAAGUGCAGAAGUGUCUGGAGGUUUACGGCGUGCUGACUUUGCUUGUUUACUCAUGAGAAAGCUGCACAAAAGGAGAAAAUUCAUCUGAAUCAAUAAAGCGAAAUCUUCCAAGCUGCCCUGGCAUCACUCUGAAUCCUGGAGUAUUUCACUCUUUCAGCACCUUCAUGUCAAAAAUGUUGAGUUUGUGCAGCUUUAACUUUAACACGUGUUUUUGAUGAUAUCUUCUAGAGUCAUGGACCAACGCUGCAGGCUACAUCCGAGUGGCUACGGCCCUCAGCGAGUCCUCCUCCAUCCACAGCGACGCCCUUCUCCACCUGACCAAAGAAAUGUCCGGGAUGGGAAUGGACCCCAUGUCCUACAGCCUCCUGGAGCCCGAACCUUUCAAAGAAGAACCCUGGGCUGAAGAGUCGGAAAGUUUGCUACAGGUGAUUAAAGAAACAGAGAAACUAUAUGAGUGUGUGUUCAAAUUAACAUUUUAACAAGCUUUUCUCCUUUUUGGAAACCAGCUGGAGGUAAAACUCAAACAGUCAGGGUGCCCCCGCUCAGGCACACUUGGAGCAGCUUAUAAAAAUCAGAUAAUCAUGCAUUUCCUGCAAGGGUAAUGUAUUUCAGAGCCUUGCAUCAUUUUGUGAGUUAGCAUAAAAUGAAAAAAGAAUCAUUAAGACGAUUUUAGACAUUAAAAUCUCUGAUAAUUAAGCGACUUGUAUUUUAUGGUGAUGGGAAACGCUGUUUUGCACAGUUUGUUUUUGAAGUUUGAGGUACUAAAGUAAAUUAAAAUAACUCCAAUCUGACUCAUUUCUUCAAGGGUGAUGUUAGUUUAGGAGAAAGUCUUCAGUCGGUGUUGGAAUUAGGUAAAUUUUGUCACGCUUGUGGUUUUCCUGGGGGUCCUCAUGAAGCAUCUUUGUGUUUAUCAUGAGGUAAAAAGACUCUAAAUUGCAGACUGGUGGAUUUUUUCUCAUAGAUUAUAACCCCUGGAUUGAAAUCAUGCUUCAAAUUCAACUUUAUUCCAAGUGUGUCCUCUUAUUAUGGUGUUUCAGGAAAACACAGAUCCCUCUCCAAGCUACAUCAGAGAGAUUUCAUAGCAACCGAGGCAGCUUUCUCUCUGCACUGUAAAAAAAAUAAUAAAAGAAAUCACUGAAGCUGCAGUUUUCAAAAGACAAAAACAACUGAAUAAAACGAAAGAGGAACCUCUAAAGAGGAGAUGAGGACUCUAAUGUGUGGUUACAUAUCUAUUCCUGAAGGAGAGGUUUAAUUUUCCCACCAGAGAUUUGAUUUUAGAAAAAAGGUAAAACUUCUAAAAAACAGCCAGAACCAAAAAAAAAUGUGAACCAGAUCUUUUGGAUUUCAACCAAUCUGGCAGAAACUGGUGGAUCUGAGAGCAGAAAGUGAUAUUUUUAGAGUCAACGUUAAAACAGAGAAGCAGAUUGAGGAUGGACAUUUUUUACAGUGUGGCACACUCUGUGCCAAAAGCGCCGGCGGUGCGCAGGCAGCCUCCAGAUCUCACAGUUGGAUAGAUGGGUAUCACCAGCAUGUGAUCGCGCUGCUGCUCAGUCUCUGCGCAGCCUCUUCAAUCUGACUGAUCUACUGUCCUCAGAAUAAACUAUGAAACCUGCUGCAGAUGAGCCGGAGCUGCUCGUUGACUUUGGACUAACUGGGGUGACCUCGGGCAUCGUUUUUGGAUGAUGGCGGGUGGAGGGGUUGUAGUAAUUCCGUCUGUUUUCAUCUGCAAACUUUCACUCUCCCUCUCUUUGCUCCACUUCUCCGGGUCUGUGUGAAGCGCAACAACAUGCAGCUCCCUCCGACAGAAGACAAGAUCCCAGUAAGUAGCCUCUCACACAUCACCUCACUGUUAGCUGUGUCGUUUUGGAGUUUAGUUCAUCACACAUUUCUCCAGUUUGCGCAAACAUCGUUUCUGCGCAGGAACAUUUUUUGCGUUUUGACAAAUUCGCUUCAUGUGGAGCCACACAGGAUACGAUAUAAGACAAAUCGACAUAAGAUAAGGGACUGAAUCGACCAAACUGGCUUACUUUCAAUAUUAGGCAAUUUGACUCUUUUACUAUAAGUUAUAAGGCAUCAAAAUAGGAGGAUAGAGAAGCUCUUUUAGCAAACAAGAAUGAGGUUUAGCAGAUCCAAACCAGAUGGGAACCUUUCCUGUAAGUUUUUCCAAAGUAUCAGCAAAAAAAGGAGCCGAGACAAAGUGUCAGAAGUUUUAGCAGCUGAUGUGUGUCCUGUAUGUGAGUCUCAGUGGGUUCAAACUUCCAAAUCCAGAACUCUUUAACCCUUCCGGGCUCUUUAGAUUGACUUCCCUCUAAAGUCCCUCGUGGCCGAAAAAAGCCACUUUUUUUGUCUGCUGUAAAAUCAUAUUGGAUUAAUAUUUUUUUCUGAUUUUUUUUCACACAUCUCUUAUUUUACUUCUGCCCUGUUUGAAACUAGCAAAUGUUUCAUUGAAAACAAUUUUUUUUAACCCUUUAAGUGCCAAUUUAAGACAAAAAGUCACAAAUAUAGCAAAAAUUUAAGGAAAAUGACCCAUUUUUUUUUAUAAAACAUGAUCAGAAACUGGUUAUCUCUUGCAGGGUAUCAAAGUCAUGAAUAUGUCAGAGAUUAGUAAUAUCAUUGGCUUUGAUGCAUUUUAAGUUUUUCUGUAGCAUCAGAUUUAAUGAAAAACUGCGUUUGGCGCCUCCCAGUGGCCAAAACUACUUUGUCUGCUGUAAAAUCAUAUUGGAUUAAUAUUUUUUUCUGAUUUUUUUUCAUACAUUUCUUAUUUUACUUCUGCCCUGUUCAAAACUAGCAAAUGUUUCAUUGAAAAUAAAAUUUUAACCCUUUACGGGCCAAUUUAAGACAUAAAGUCACUUAAAAAGCAAAAAAAAAUGGAAGGAAAAAUUUAAGGAAAAUGACCAAUUUUUUUUAUAAAACAUGAUCAGAAACUGGUAAUCUCUUGCAGGGUAUUUAAGUCUUGAAUAUGUCAAAGAUUAGUAAUAUAAUUGACUUCAAUGCAUUUUAAGUUUUUCUGUAGCAUCAGAUUUAAUAAAAAACUGCCUUUGGCGCCUCCCAGUGGCCAAAACUACUUUUUCUGCUGUAAAAUCAUAUUGGAUUAAUAUUUUUUUCAGAUUUUUUUUCAUACAUUUCUUAUUUUACUUCUGCCCUGUUCAAAACUAGCAAAUGUUUCAUUGAAAAUAAAAAUUUUAACCCUUUAAGGGCCAAUUUUAGUCAUAAAGUCACUUAAAAAGCAAAAAAAAUUGAAGGAAAAUGAAGGAAAAUGACCAAUUUUUUAAAUAAAACAUAAUCAGAAACUGGUAAUCUCUUGCAGGGUAUUUAAGUCUUGAAUAUGUCAGAGAUUAGUAAUAUAAUUGACUUAGAUGCCUUUUAGGUUUUUCUGUAGCAUCAGAUUUAAUGAAAAACUGCGUUUGGCGCCCCUCAGUGGCCAAAACUACUUUGUCUGCUGUAAAAUCAUAUUGGAUUAAUAUUUUUUUCAGAUUUUUUUUCAUACAUUUCUUAUUUUACUUCUGCCCUGUUCAAAACUAGCAAAUGUUUCUUUGAAAAAAAAUUUUUCACCCUUUAAGGGCCAAUUUAAGACAAAAAGUCUCUUAUGAAGCAAAAAAAUGGAAGGAAAAUGGAAGGAAAAUGACCUUAUUUGCUUCAUAAGAGACUUUUUGUCUUAAAUGGGGCCUUAAAGGGUGAAAAUUUUUAUUUUCAAAGAAACAUUUGCUAGUUUUGAACAGGGCAGAAGUAAAAUAAGAAAUGUAUGAAAAAAAAUCUGAAAAAAAUAUUAAUCCAAUAUGAUUUUACAGCAGACAAAGUAGUUUUGGCCACUGAGGGGCGCCAAACGCAGUUUUUCAUUAAAUCUGAUGCUACAGAAAAACCUAAAAGGCAUCUAAGUCAAUUAUAUUACUAAUCUCUGACAUAUUCAAGACUUAAAUACCCUGCAAGAGAUUACCAGUUUCUGAUUAUGUUUUAUUAAGAAAAUUGGUCAUUUUCCUUCAUUUUCCUUCAAUUUUUUUUGCUUUUUAAGUGACUUUAUGACUAAAAUUGGCCCUUAAAGGGUUAAAAUUUUUAUUUUCAAUGAAACAUUUGCUAUUUUUGAACAGGGCAGAAGUAAAAUAAGAAAUGUAUGAAAAAAAAUCUGAAAAAAAUAUUAAUCCAAUAUGAUUUUACAGCAGAAAAAGUAGUUUUGGCCACUGGGAGGCGCCAAAGGCAGUUUUUUAUUAAAUCUGAUGCUAAAGAAAAACUUAAAAUGCAUUGAAGUCAAUUAUAUUACUAAUCUUUGACAUAUUCAAGACUUAAAUACCCUGCAAGAGAUUACCAGUUUCUGAUCAUGUUUUAUAAAAAAAAUUGGUCAUUUUCCUUAAAUUUUUCCUUCCAUUUUUUGCUUUUUAAGUGACUUUAUGUCUUAAAUUGGCCCGUAAAGGGUUAAAAUUUUAUUUUCAAUGAAACAUUUGCUAGUUUUGAACAGGGCAGAAGUAAAAUAAGAAAUGUAUGAAAAAAAAUCAGAAAAAAAUAUUAAUCCAAUAUGAUUUUACAGCAGACAAAGUAGUUUUGGCCACUGGGAGGCGCCAAACGCAGUUUUUCAUUAAAUCUGAUGCUACAGAAAAACUUAAAAUGCAUCAAAGCCAAUGAUAUUACUAAUCUCUGACAUAUUCAAGACUUUGAUACCCUGCAAGAGAUAACCAGUUUCUGAUCAUGUUUUAUAAAAAAAAUGGGUCAUUUUCCUUAAAUUUUUGCUAUAUUUGUGACUUUUUGUCUUAAAUUGGCACUUAAAGGGUUAAAAAAAAUUGUUUUCAAUGAAACAUUUGCUAGUUUCGAACAGGGCAGAAGUAAAAUAAGAGAUGUGUGAAAAAAAAUCAGAAAAAAAUAUUAAUCCAAUAUGAUUUUACAGCCGACAAAAAAAGUGGCUUUUUUCGGCCACGAGGGACUCUGGAGGGUGAAAAUUUGUCCUGGCUUUAUUAUUGACCUGGUGAAAAUGUUGAAUUCAUGUUUUCGAGUACAAUUUCAAAUUAAGCUUAGAAAAAAAAAUUCAUCACAUUUGCUGCAGUAAAAAAAAAAAUAUAUCCAAAUAAGUCUCUUGUUUUUUCGUCAAAUGGCCGAAUUCGGCCACAGGGACCCGGAACAGGCGAGUGAAGUGCUGCAGGCUGUAAGUUCCCAUGUGUGAUUACAGUAGAAGUCGAGUUCAAUAGAUUCUAGUUACAAAGAUUUUAAUAUUUCAUUCAAAAUCUCCAGAGUUUGUAAUCGGCUGCAGGUCUGUAUUCGGCAUGGACAAGAAUGAUUGAAUAGAUUAGCAGCAAGUCAGCGGUGUGUCCAGAGGGGGGCGAGGGGUGGCAAGGGCCCCACUUUAAACACCAAGGCACCGCCCCUAAAUUCUUAAUUCUGAUUGGCUGCGGUUACCUUCAUUAAAAUCAAACAGGCUCCUGGUGGAUUUCUUUUCAUUUUAUUGUAUACAUUUUCUUCUUAUUGGUGCUUUAAACCGCAGAAAAAUACUGAACAGCUUUAUUUAAUAAAUCAGGGAUACGACAGAAGAAUCAGUCUGCACUGAAACUCUUGCACACCAUGACUAAAGGUGUCAAUAAAAACUCAGACCAUACUGUGACAGUCAGUGUAGGGCUGGGCGAUAUGGCUUCAAAUUAAUAUCAACAAUUAUGGAGCAGUUCCCUUCGAUACCAAUAAAUGGACGAUAACUACAGUGUUUCCCCUAGAAAUGUUUUCAGCAGCAGCAGUGUGUGUGUGUGUGUGUGUGUGUGUGUGUGUGUGUGUGUGUGUUGCUGCUCCAGGAACUACGCUGUUACAUUCAAGUUACGUUACCCGCGCUACUCGCUAUACAGACCGUGUGCAAGCUUAGUGGAAGAGGGUCCGACAGGAUUUGAUGCGCUUGUUGAUGACUCAAAACAAGUCGAAAAUAACGUUUUGUGUUGUUGUUGUGCUCACACAGUGUGAGUAGAAAUCAUUAGUGCCGGAUUGAUAAUUAUGCUACUAAUGCUAUUAAUGCUACUCGCUGUGUAGACCGUGUAAAAGCUUAAACAUUACCUUUCAUGUUGAUAGUAGAGGGUCCGACAGGAUUUGAUGCGCUCCUUGAUGACUCACAACAAGUCGGAAAUAACGUUGUGUGUUGUUGUGCUCACACAGUGCGAGUAAAUCAUUAGUGGCGCACUGAUAUGAAUGAUCAUGUGAAAUUUCAGUAUCGGCGCACGUAAUUUAGCAGCUGCUGCUGAAUGGAUGAAGGGGAAACACUGAUGAUACAUAUGAGUCUGAGGUAGAACCAUAUGAGAUAAAAACAAUUUUUUUAAGGUGUGGCGGCUUUUAUUUAGCUGUUGCCGUGCGCCACGAUCAAUUGCAUGUAGAGGAAACCCUGAACUACUCCACAAGCUGCUCACCCCCUCCCACAUUAACUUCGCCGCUCCAGCUCCUCCAACUUUUGAACCGUCCUCCAUCUCCUCACCUGUCUUUCCCUCUUUGUUAAGGACUAGAUGGGGUGGAGUCACAUCUCUGACAUAGGACAGCAUCUUAUAGCCUACCUACACACAUCCAAAACCAACUCGUAAAUGUUGGUAUUUGUAAAUAUUCGGUGUAUUGCUCAGCCCUAACUCAGUGUGCAGGAUUUUCUUUCUUUUAAACCCUCACUGAAUUGUAUUUGGUGGUGUUUCGAAUCUCAGACCAGGUAGAAAUGAAAUAUAAUAUUCAUAAAGUGAUUCAGUGACUGUAUUACCACCUGAAUAUGAAAGCUGCACUGGGGCAGAUCCCCUGUUAUGUCACAGCAGCUUCUCCUCCUCGGAGACCACAGUUACUUUAGGGAGGAGAAUAAAUAAUCUGACUGCUGGAUAUCACUAAAUAUUCCCAUUUAAACUCUCUGUUCCUUGAAUUAUUUUAAAAUGUGACUUUAAAUAUCCUCUUAUGAGUAAAAAAUUGAGUUUUAAAGCUCUAAAUAUUGUAUCACCUCCAGAAGAAAACACCUGCACAAUGCUCAAAUGUAAAAAGUCAUAAUAAAGGUGAACUGAGACAGAGACGGUGAAUAGAUGCUUGUGCAAACUGACACAGACAGAUCCUAUCAUCCAUCCUCUACAUGCACUUCAUGCAUAUUUCUUCAUGUAUCUAUAAAACCUGUGGAUAUGGACCAAACUUCUCUGAAAAACUGAAUUCUCCAGAGUACUUAAAGGCUCCACUGUCCAAUGCCAUCUGUAGACUUUAAUUUUUGUGUUUUUGAAGUAAAGAGUCCGUUUGUUCCCAUGACUUACUGCACAAUAUGGCAAAUGUGAGAGUGUUUUGGACACAGCCAAUGCUAAAAAUGUAAUAAAGACCUAAAUUUGUCAAAACAACAGCUGCAAGGAAAACACCAAUCAAGCAGAGUGUCCCACAAGGUUGGAAGAAGUGGUCUAAUCAGUCCAAUUAAUUGGAAACACCUGUGAAAGGCAGAGGUUUGUGCCUUAGUUAAUCUUCAAGGCUUGGGAACAACAGAGCGAGUGGUCACAAUUCAAGCUAACCUUCACUUCAACUCACAGCGAGGACCCGCAAGUUAGUGUGACUCCUGAGAGCCACAAUUUCAGAUGUUUUUAGCACAUCAGCAACAACAGGUCUUUCAUCAGAAAUAAGACGGGGAAAUGUUGGAAACUUAGUGAGAAAUGAAGGCGGCAGUACUGCAAAUUAAUACAAACGAUCGGACAUAAAAACACAAAAACUAUAUCCUCUGAGUAUUAGACUUUUUUUCUGGUUAUUCUUUUGUCCUUAGGUGAAAAGUCAGAUAAAGUUCAGGAUGGUUACACAAGAGGACAUUUGGCUUUAGCUAAAGGAACAUGGACAGUUCGGCUGAUGUUAUUAAGCGUGAUAAAGUGCUCUUUAGCGUUAGGGUCAAAUCUUAUAAGAUGUCCAAAUGGAGCUUAGGUAACUAUCUUCAUAUUAUGAUUUAAUCCAAAACAGGAUUUUGAUCUUUUGUUUCUUGAUUUCUUAACAAAUUUGUAACCAUGCUGCUUUAUCUCUGUUUUGAUUUUAAAGGGCUAUUUCGGCGUAAAUUAAAGUUAGGGUCAAACACACUGUAACACAGAGUUAGACACCCCCUCGAGAGAUUAAUGUUGCCAAUCACUUUCUUCUCCAGUUAUACCAACUUUAGUAACGACCGCACGAUAGCAAUACACAGCGGUCUAUGUCUCCACGUGCAAACUUCAAACAAAACGCCACUCUAUAACCACAAAUAAUGCUCAGAACAGCAUCUAACUUCAUCAACAGGACAUAUAGGGUCACAGACAUAGUACUAGACACCAAACAUCUUUUUAACUUUGACUCAUUUCUUUAGCAAAGAGACUAAACACAACUCACCUACUCUCUUCCAGCAGCCGCUUGUUGAGCCCUGACGAGUUGAUCACCGAGUGCAGCAGAUCAUUUCCUUGAAGUAAAAAUCACCAUAUUAAUCAUUUUGUACUGCAGACGCGAUAGUUCUUCUUGCUAAGCAUUUCAGUCUGAUUGUAUUUCCAUGAAGUAAUAAUCAUAAAUGUUCUUCCUUGAGCUGCGAAACUCCGGCAACAUUCAUCAUUCAGGGGGUGUCUAACUCAAUGUUACGGUGUGUUUGACCCUAACUUAAUUUUACCCCGGAAUGUCCCUUUAAAGAAGACUUUAGCUUUCUUUAUUGGACACCUCUGGAGUGCUCAUGCAUGAUUUCUCUCGUGGUGUCUCUGAAAACCUUUAUUCUAGGGGUAUAAAUUUAGGCACAGCUUGUGGGUGUUACUUUUUACACAGUCUUCUCUUCACAGAAAUCAUACUGCUACAGAAAAAGGUGAAGGUUAGCCAUUAGCUCCCUGUUAUUCCAAAUAGAGGUUAGUUAUUGGGCGUCCAAUAUCCUAGAACAAUAUACAUAUGGAUCUGCAUUCGAAGCCUCCUUUAAGAAAUCUGAUAAAAACCAGGGCGCACUGACAAAAUCAUACAUUUAGUGAGUAAAUCUAUAUGAUUCUGUCAUUCUUAAACGUGUUUCAACAAAUUCACACCAGAUUGUGAAUAACAGAGUCAGUAUUUAGAAAGCUGUCCUGCUGCUGCUGCUGUGAAGAAAUCUGUUCUCACACACAAAAAAAAAAGCCAGAACAAAAUUUCCCAGCAUGCCCACAGCAGCCUAUAGAGCUUUCCCUCUUGUGCCCUCCAUGUUUAGUCUCCCUCUCUACUUUCCCUCGGUCUAAAUAAAGACUGGAUCUGCCAAAGGUGAGCUGACUGCCCACUCUGCUGCUGAAGGUUCUCACUUCAGGGUUUUUGAGAACCUGCCAAAAGCCACUUGUGUUUGCGUGUGCUGACAGUGCAGUAGAUGUUUAAGUUCAUUCAAACCUUGAUUACGUAACUCCCCUGCUGCUGCUGCUGCUGUAGAGUUGUGUUGUUGCUGUCUUUAAACAGUUUGUGGAUGUUAAGUUGAUAGUAAUAUCUGCCUGUUGUAAUUAAAUGAGUCAGUGGUUCAGAUUUCUGUUUCUUUCUCUCCGUUUUAAAGUUUUAAACGGCGCCGCAAACUUCUUUCAACAGGUGGCGGAUUCAGCCUCGAAUCCUCCAGGCGGCGACGAAGGCCUCUGCUUCUCUGACGGCCAACGGAAAGUCGACUACGUCCUGGUGUUUCAUCAGCGAAGGCACGGCUCUGUACGAUCUCCCACCAGCACGUCGAUGUCCCACGACAGGUUAUCGAUCGUUUCCAACGGCAACUUUCCCCCUGCGGCCGACCCGGACGCGGCGCCCGAGAGGGGAGGCGGCGUACCGGCAGGGGAGGCGGCGAACGUCGGUGAGGUGUUCAUGGAGCUCGGAGUCGAAGGAUUGAAUGAGCCGACUGAGCCCGCCGACCACGAGAUGCAUCUGGUCAGACAGGAAUUCGAGGCCAGCCUGGUGGAGGCCGGACUGGAGAUAGAGAGAGACAAAGAGGUGAGUGUGCAGACGUCUGUACUCUUCCUCUUAUCUCCUCUUAAUGCUGUGGAGUCUCUGCUAACUGUUUCUUCACAUCCACUCUGUUGUUUGCUUUAUUGUCAAUAUUGCUGUUAAAGAAGUUAAGCAUGUGCAGCAUGAAAGUCCAAGACAAAUUUUGCAAAAGGGACAAGAAAGUUUGCCAAACUGUUUUUUCUUUGGCACAGUUUUAUGUCAUCUAAAAUUAUCUUAUUCUGUUUCCCUCUACUGUUUCGUAACAUCUUUUUGGUGUUUAAUUCAGGAAGGGUUUACGACCUGUAAACAGACUUAAUCUUAAACUUACACCCAAGACUCGAACCAAUAAGUGAUCAAUCAAAAGUUACAUCCACCUGCUGCAGUCUCACCUCUGGUCUCCACUAGAGGUCUUCAGUAUCGACAAAAUCUUCACAUUUUUGAGAAGUGUGCACGUCACGAUAAUUGACAAUAUUUGCAUCCUGCAAAAACGGUAAUACAACAAAAUGUGUGUAAAAGUCCUUUAAUGUACGAUCUAAGUCGUACUAGAUGUUGGGCAAAUUUGCAUCAUCUGGAACCCUGUUUUUGUUUUAAGUCACUUGUUUGUGCCAAAGUUCGUUUUUCUUUCACUGAUCAAUCUUGGCCUUAUUAGGGCUUUUCUUAUAGUCUUUAUAAUCUGUGUGUUGGUGAAACUGUAGAUGGUUCAACAUGUUAGUUGUCGAGUUGUCUUCAAAGGCAACUACGAGGGCUGGGUAUUACCACGCGCCUAAAUCGAUUCGAUUUAAUGUUGAUUCAUGAAGGGAUAUUUCAGCCACUGUACCUGUUUUACUUGAGCAUGAAAGGGAGUAGGGCUGGGCGAUAUGGCUUCAAAUCAAUAUCACGAUAUAUUGAUCAGUUCACCUCGAUAACGAUAAAUGGACGAUAACUACUCAGCAAGCUGCUCAGCCCCUCCCACAUUAACUUCGUCUACUUCAGCCGCUACGACUUUUGAACCGUCCUCCAUCUCCUCACCUGUCUUUCCCUGUUUGUUACGGACUGAAUGGGGUGGAGUCACGUCUCUGAUGUAGGACAGCGUCUUAGAGGGACAUGAGACCAUAGCCUACCUACACACAUCCAAAACCAACUUUGAUUUAUUUGUUUUUUGACACAGAUUAUAUUGACAUGGGCAAAAUGACGUUGGUUAUUGACGUAAAUUUUGGUAUCGGUAAAUUUUCGGUUUAUCGCCCAGCCCUAUUAUCUUGUAUUUUGCACACUCCCCUCAGCCUCUAAAUUCUUUAUUCUUCCUUCUCCAUGUUUGCUGGGCUGUUGUUACUUAGUUUGAUUUCUGGCUGUUUGUUUCACGCUUUUAGCUUAGUGUAGGUUUAUUAUUUCGUUGUUAUUUCGUAUCUGCAGAAAACAGCUGAUUAAAAAUGUGAAGGUGAACUCAAACAGUACAGCUGGGGAUCACAAUACAGUCUCUUUGAAAUACAUGUUUUUUUUCUGCUUUCAGGUUGUUUUGCUCUCCCACUGGCCAUUAGCGUUCACUGAUAAAGCUCUAAGUUCAGCUGGGGUCUAAAUGCACAUCCUCUAUUCACCUUUGCUUCAACAUAAGUAGAUAUAGAUGUUAAGCAGUUUGGAUUGUCUGUGAAUUGAGAAAAACGAUCAAAUGAUCGAACCUGUCUGGAGAAUUUCUGAGGAUUUCGUUCACAGACCCAAACUUUCAGAGUACGGACGGUUACAGAAUUUUGAUCGUUCAUUUUUUUACAGACUUUUUGAGAUAAAUCUCGACACAGAAUCUGAUGUAACUCUGUCCUGAGCUAUUUAAGGUGAGCGCCUGCAUAGGAACCUGGCUCCGAUUGUAGAAAGCCGUGGGUGAGACUUGAUGGGUUGCUAAGGGUAUAGGUGACUAUUAUACCAGCAGGAGGCAAGUGUCAAGAAGAGGUCUCCAUUAAACCUUAUAAAGUAUCUUUUGAUUUCACCUUGCAGGUCGUGUGCUGCUUUUUCUGCGCUUCUUAAUCACCUUUAUGCUGUUAUACAUGAUAAACACAGUAAUGCAAUGCAAUAAUCAAAAGAUGCACUUUAAAUGUUAUCUGCAGCUCACAGAGUGAACAUAUGAUCAGAGCCAUGCAGCUGAAGUAACCUCGCGAAACUAAUCCUGUCUUCAAAACAGGAUUGUUUGACAGGAAGCAGUUUUUUUUUAAUGUUUGUUUGUUCAUGGAAACAUUUUAAUAUCACUUCCACUCAUGAUUUAAGUCACGCUAUGGUGAUCAGCAGCUCAUAAAUGCACCCACUAUCUCUGCUACCAUUGCCUGGAUUGCAGGACAGGAUGUUGCUCCAACUUACAGGUUUCACAUCUCGGCCUGGUAACCCUCAAGAUCAGCCUGAGAUGAUAACUGACGUUUUUUUUUUGCCACAGUGUUGACAGGCAGAGGUGAAAUCAGCCUCACUCUUCUUCAUGGAUUGAGUCGAUAUGUCUUAUGUGAUCAGUCAGAAGAUGCUCUAACAUCGUGAUCGCUUUACAUGAGCUCCACGAUACAGAGGCUCUGCUCUUGGGCUCCAGAGGUGAUUUUGUCAUAUUUGUUAGUAUAAGUUUAAAGGACUUUUCUAUUAGAGUUAGGGGUGUAAUGAUUCAUCUACAACAUCGAUGAAUCGAUUUAUAUUCCUAUGAUCCAAUUACAUCGAUCUGUGCUCGGCAAGUGGGCCUUCCGGACUAGGGAUGCACCGAUCCGAUAUUUGGAUCGGAUAUCGGCUCCAAUAUUGACAAAUUCACUGAAUUAGAUAUAUGAUGAAUGAUGCCGAUCCAGCGUUUUGAUCCAGUCUUAUUUCUCUUUUAAUUAAUAUCAAACACAGUGAUUCUGUUCGCUCUAUAUUCGAUGUCCGUCUAUCCUUUUGCACUAAAUGUUUAAAUUUAAGUCUUACUUCUUUUUGCUGUGUGCAAAUGUGCAAUUUGUUGAUAAAUAAUAUCUAUAUCUGUGUUAAUUUGUUACCUUUCUUUUAACAAGUCUAAUGUCAAGCCUGAUGCCUUCACUCACAGGGUAAGGUAUACAGUUUAUUCAUUCAACAGUACUAUUGGAUCGGUAUCGGAUAUCGGCCGAUACACUCAGCUCAACUAUCGGUAUUGGAUGGAUCGGAAAAAUAUGGAUCAGUGCGUCUCUAUUCCAGAUGACAUAUAUCGAUCUAACAUCAUUUUAAAAUGUAAAUAAAUCAAAUCUAUCGAUACUAGGAGAUAACCGAAUAGGCAGACUUAACAAGCGUUACUCAAUGAUCAUCGCCAUUCGCCAGCAGACAACAAAACACAGCAUGACGGGUGGCUGAGGAGAAGUUGGCGAGCGAGAAAUUAUUGAACCACCGUUACGGCUCAGUUUAUGUUGUAUUUGUAUUAUUUCUUUGCUGAAAACAAAAGCAGAAGUAGAAAUAAAACCUACUUUUAAUUUAACCUGAAGAGAUGUUGGUCGCACUUUAUUUUUGAUAUUAAUACUGAAUUAUUUUUGCGUUGAAAUAGAAAAGCAGAAGUAGCAGAUAUAUUGGAUUCACUUAUCUACUUUCACUGAAAAUUUAUUAAGAACAGAAAAGGUUAAUCUCCUGGAGUGGAGGUUGCACUUAAUUCAAAUAAAAUGUAAAUACAUUUGCUGUUAAUUGUUGUUUACUUCUUUGCUUAUAACCAUAAUUAAUUUAUACCUGAUUCUCUUACAAGGAACAACAGGAAUCUAGGAAAUUUCACCUGCACUGUCCAGUAUCCAGGUAUUAAUUUCACAGUCACACUGGUUGAGUUUUUGGCUAAAAAGUUACUGAAUCGUUUUGGAUCGUGCUGUUCUAAAUAAACGAAUAUCGUCCCUGAAUCGAAUCGGCAACCACGAAUCACGAUACGAAUCGAAUCAUCAUUAAAAUGAAUCUUUACACCCUAAUUAGAAGUACAGAUAGGAAAAUAGUUUCAACUGUUAAGGACAAAACUGCAGCAGUGAGAGUUUACUCAAAGAUAAACACACGACAAGGAUUUAAAAACCACUGCAACCACAAACAGGAAUAUUCUUCACUAAGUGGUACAGUUCUGUGUCAGAAACAUCUUGUAUCCAGGGCAACACACGAAGAGGUGCAACUUGGUCCAAACCUGCCAAACCUGAGCAACAGAGGAAAAAAAAAAAAUCAAGUCCGAUGAGUCAUUCAGCCUUGUUCCGUCUUCCAGAAACAGUUGGCAGAAGACAAAGAGAGCCUUAAACCCACAACAUCUUUACUGCCAAUCGUGUGGAUUUAUAUUGAUCCUAUAGAAACAGUAAAUACUGAUGAUGACUUUCUGCACGGUCAGAAAAUGAGAAACAUGUUACCUUAAAUGACCAGGAAGAUUAGGAGACGUUUAAAUGACAAUUUGAUAGUAAUUUGAUAAAAGUCGAGUGUGGCGCUCUUAUCUCAGUUUGAUUCUGGACCUAUUUUUGAGUCAGAUUCUCUAAAAAUGUUCGGUUUAGUCACUUAAAACGGUUAAUUUGUAUGAAUAAGAUUGUUUAUUUUGAAGGAGGGAUCCACAUGAGGGCCUGAUGGGUCCAACAUGAGCUGGCAGACUUUAAUUGUAGUCCCUGUAGCCAACACACACACACACACACACACACACACACACACACACACACACACACACACACACACACAGUUGCUGUUCUGACCUCUUUGUAUCGAUUUACUAAUUCAGCCUGAAACGGGUAAUUUUAUUUUGACAUGUACAAAAUCGCUUUUGCUGGGAUUUUAUGUGUUGUGCAUCAGCUAGCUCUGCUUUUUUUUUGUGUGUGUGUGUGUGUGUGUGUGUUUAUGUGUGUGUGUGUGUAGCAGCAGUAGGCACUUGGCAGAUCUCACAGUCUGUGUUCUCUGUGUUCUGUUGUUAGCGGGACUGCAGGCUCGCUGCCACUGAGUUGUAAAAAUCUAAUUAUUGUUAAAGUUGGAUUUGUUACCAAGUAAACUGCUGCUGCUCUUUGGCUGCAGAUUUAAGAGGGAUGAUUUGGGAAAAUAAAGAGCUGCUCAUUUUAUUCGUAGGAGGAGAAUAUCGCUGCACUCGUUUAUCAGAAUAUAAGGGAGUGAGAUGUAAGAUAUUACAUAUGUUUGACAUGCUGCUUACCAAAUAGCUCAUUAAUUGCUCUAAAAGCACAAAAAAGCAACUUUUUACUCUGAUUUUAUUCAUAUAUUGAUGUCUUUUUUUUAUUAUGGCACUUACUAAAAUGAUAACACCUCAUAGUCUCACAAUAUAUCAUCAAAUCGUAACCCCUUUCUUCCACACCUUCUUGACAAUUCACACAAUUUUACAAGCGUAACGUCAAUGCAGAGUGUCAGAGUUAGGUUUGAGUGUAUGCGUAACGUCUAUUUUGUCAGAACAUGUGACCGCGUGUACAUGUGCGCGCGCUGGCCUGCAGCCAUUUGGCCGUGUGUGCGGUCUGCGGGCUAGUAUUAAUCAGAUUGUUGACAAUGUGGCCAUGGAGCCUAAGCCAGGAUGAGAUUAACUGACUGACUGAUAGCUCCUUAUCUCAUCUCAUUGAUAGCGAGGAAGAGGAUCGAAUCUGCACCCGGGAGCGGCAUUUCAAUUUCCUUUAUUUGAAUGCAGUGACAGGUAUCCUCGCCGAAAGACUAACAAACAUAAUUACGCUCCUUUAAUCCAGUUUCAGGUAGACGUGGUUGUAGGAGGUGCUGGCAAAGACAAAGCACGCUGAUAACGCCCGGUGGUUUGCGUCUCACUUAAUCACUCAUAUGGAUUUCUGAUGUGGAGUUGCCCUUAUCUGUCUUCCUAAUAACAGGUGGCUCAUUGGUGGAGUUCCCCUCAGUUGGAGAGUUGGUGGUUCGAUCCUCAGAUCCAGAUAUCUCUGUAUUGAAGUUCUCCCAACGGCACGGCCAGGGUGAAAGACAAGAACUGUGUCGCAUUUGUGCAAUCAGUUUAUCACGAUUUGAUACUGAGAUCGUACCAGUGAUGAAGAAUAGAGGAAUCAGGUCCCUUUAUCUGUUAAAGGAAUAUUUCAGUGUUUUUGAAGUUGGGUGGUAUGAGUUUCAUGUUAUCGACACUGGGCACUAGCUGGGCUCUAACAGUCCAAAGUCUAGGGCUGGGGGAUAAACCAAAAAUUUACCAAAACUGAAAUUUACGACACUAACCAACUUCACUUUCAAGGUGAAAUCAGGAAAAAGUCACUUUUGUUUCACCAGCCGUGCAGACAUGAAACACUUUUGGACUAAUUUUCACUUCUGUGAAAGUAAAGCUUUUAAUCUUUUUAAUUCAUUAAUCCGAGAAGCAAAGUAGGCGAUGGAUCGCCAUCAAGACAGACUGUAAUGAAAGGGUUAUUUUACAACAUACAGGCUGGAACUAAACAACUCAAAACAGAAAUCAUCAAUACAAAAAAAGCAUGAAUUAGGGCUGGGCGAGAAACCGAAAAUUUACUGAUACCGAAAUUUACAUCAUUUUGCCUGUAUAGGUUUUUUCUUAUGUCAAAAAACAAAUAAAUCAAAGUUGGUUUUGGAUGUGUGUAGGUAGGCUAUGGUCUCAUGUCCCUUUGAGAUGCUGUCCUACGUCAGAGACGUGACUCCACCCCAUCCAGUCCGUAACAAAGAGGGAAAGACAGGUGAGGAGAUUCAAAAGUUGUAGCGGCUGAAGUAGACAAAGUAAUUGUGGGAGGGGGUGAUCAGCUUGUGGAGUAGUUAUUGUCUUUUUGUUGUUAUCAAGGUGAACUGCUCAAUAUAUCGUGAUAUUGAUUUGAGGCCAUAUCGCCCAGCCCUUGUCAAGUCUGUGACAUGGUUUAGCUAAUCUGGUUGAAUUUGACCUAAGCACUCUUUCUAAUUUCAGCGUUUUACUUUACCAUCAGGAAGUCCAUUCAUUUGCACUGUUGUUAACCUGAGAGAGAGGACGGAUCUAAACUCUGCUCUGUCAUGGACCGGUGAAGUCCCAGAUCAAACAACUCAAAGGUUUUUCUUUGAGCAGGAUCGGUGCCUACAACACUCUUAGUUUUAAAGUAAUCUGUGGAUCUUUACGGUUGUAAUGUGCUUGAAUGAAAUCUUUAGCUGGACUUGGAUGAAAGGGAGGUAGACCGUCUAAUGUCACCAUUAGCUUCCAUUAAUUUUUAAACAGGCUGUGCGGCCCCUUACUCAGGUAUUCCUGGGUGCCCUGCCUCUCUGGGAUUGUUUGCAAAACUGCAUCAUAUCUCUUGUAGCGCCUUUCUCCACCAAUCCAAAUCAAGGAAUUUAAAAACCAACUCCCUUUUGGUUGGCUUGGAUGAGACUGCUGACCCUCAAUUUUGCAAAGCGCUGACUAGAAUAGAAAACAGCACCAACGCCACAUAAGUUGGGGUGACAUGUACGGUUGCGUGGUUAUAUCCUAUGCUCCACUGUUGGCUUGUCAAUACCACUCUAUUUACUUAUUUGGGGUUAUCGUGACAACCAUAGUUAUUAACAAUAGCUGCUCAAAGAAACAAAGAAUUAGAGCAUAUGUUCUUGGUUUUGUUGGUGUUUUAUGAAGCAUAUUUCAGCAUUAAUGUGAUCCAAACUGCUUUAAGACAAGACCAGUUUAAAUCAUAACCUUAAAAAAAGAGAAAAUAUCCUCAGCGGUGUUCCAUUUUGUUAUUGAGGACGAUAAAAAAUGUAGGAAAUGAAGGUUUUUAAAAUUUUAAAUGUGUUUUGAUUCAUCAUGUUCGUGCUGCAGCACCAUCAGAAGAACAGAUCAGCCCCGUAAUGAUGCAAACAGACUCACUAAUUUGAAAUAAACAAGCUGACAUCACAGACACGGAGCAUUAACUUUUAACCUUUCGGUUCAGAGGGGCGUCCAAUGUUUGCCAUGUGUUUUUGCUUUUAUUGCAUAACCUGAUUACCAAAGAUAAUACUUUCACAGAAAUAAUCCAGAACAUGAAAAGCACAUUAGGUUUAUAUUUAAAACAUUACAUAAAUCUUUAUUCUUAUUAUUAUUAUAUGUGUUUUGAUUCGCGGCUCUUUUUUCUUCUGUUUAUUUGUGUGUAUUGUUGUGUCUUGUGCCAAAACCUGUUAGGGCUUCAGUUUAAUUGGGUGCAGCGAGAAAAAGGCGGCCCAAAUGUCAAACUUGUUGACUGAGUCGGAGGAUUAUUGAGCUGACCUUCUGAUCUCGGAGGGACAUCCUCUUACAGAACGCUUUUAAUUAAAUCAGAGAAAGAUGUUAAUUUAAGAAAGUGCAGCCGAGGCCUUUGAAGCGUUCCGCCCGUGGGGCUUUGGGGAACAGAACGAGCUGGAUUAACGGUUCGCUAAGACACACACUGCUCAACAGGGCAUCACAAUCCUUUGUUCUCCACCUGUCUGCCAAAAUCUUAAUUUAUUACUUUGGCGUUUAUUGCGAUGGUUGUUACGCUGUGGAGACUCCUGAGAGUGUAGCCAUGAUGAUAGUUAGGAGACGGAGCGAUCCAGCGAUAUCCACGUCCAACAAAAGCAGAAUCAUUUACACUUUAUAGUAGUCAGGUGGAGUAAAGGAAAUCUAAAGACGUCCUCUCAAGCCUGUUUAUUAUUUUGCCAUGAUCAUCAAUCUAAAGGUAGUAUAGUCACCUAACAACAGAAAUGGCGCUAUUUCAUUAAAAGAUGACGUUUAUCAAUGAAAAGCUGCCGGUCUCACGAAGCUAGUGGAUUUUGCAGUUUUAGGCAGGUCCUGAUUGGGGAUGGGGAUUGAUAAUUGGGUCCAUCAAACAUCUGAUGAAGCAUCUUUUGAAACCUGAAAAUCAUCAUGUCUGAGCUUAUCGAGUCUGCUCUCAGAUCUCGAGGGUCCUGUGAAGUUCAUAAAAAGUGCACAGACAUUACAUCGGGAGGUGUUCAAGGUUGGGUCAGUAAAACAAGAAUCAGGCGAAAGUAGAAAACGGUUUUUGGUGAAUCUCCUGAUGGGUUCUUAGUUUAUGCUUAUUCUUUUUUGCUUCUCUCCGCCAACAAAUCUGUUAAGGGUUUACAUGGGCCUCCCCUGGAGAAGACCAUUUGGAUAACAAAUAUAAGCACCAGAUGGAUCCCGAGUGGGGUAUCUUCUACCCACAUUGCCAGUGUUUGGAACCCACUGAAGGCCCUUCUUCGGUCUAUCUUGGAUAACCCAUGUGGGGAUCCCAUGGAGACUGAGGCCAAAACUGGCGAGGCACCAAUUGGGUAUCCCACACCAUAUGGUUGUGCAUGAUGGGCCAGAGGGGUUGUUUUCCAAGCAAAACAAAGCGGCUUGAACAGGAUUGGUCGAUUGUUGAUCCAAACAGCAUGCCUCCAAUAACAGAGUCUUCAUCGUGUGCAGAUCUCAGCUGGAAGAGGUUUUCUUCUCAGUGACUUGGGAGCAAUUAGAGCUGAGCCUACACAUUAAUGGUUUUACCGCUGACAUGGUCAUUUCAGGGAACUCUUGGGUGGUCUUAAAUAUCUGUCUUGCUGUUCAUAAUCAGGUGGGUGGAAACAGAUCAUACAGACAAGUGUUGUUUCACUCCAUUUAUUCAGAUGAGUUGGGAAGCUUUCGACACUGAUCAGAAACUGUUUGCAGCAUCAGAUCAAGAACAGGAUGGAGUAGGGCUGGGCAAUAUGGUCUUAAAUCAGUAUCACGAUAUAUUGAGCAGUACGAUAAAUGGACGAUAACUACUCCACAAGCUGCUCACCCCCUCCCACAUUAACUCUGUCUACUUCAGCCGCUACAACUUUUGAACCGUCCUCCAUCUCCUCACCUGUCUUUCCCUCUUUGUUAUGGACUGGAUGGGGUGGAGUCACGUCUCUGACGUAGGACAGCGUCUUAAAGGAACAUGAGACCAAAGCCUAUUUUUUAUGACUCAGAAUAUACCAAUAUGGGCAAAAAGACGUUGGCUAUUGUCAUAAAUUUUGGUAUCGGUAAAUUUUCAAUUUAUCGCCCAGCCCUAGGAUGGAGAUUCUAAUGGAUCUAUGAUGUAUUUAAGCAAAUAGGGCCAUUAACGACAAGAUUGCCUCUCCACAGUGAAGAUUAGCUGAUCAAUCAUGGCGAUAUCACCGUUAGCCUUCCCAAUGAAAAAUACAUUUAACAGAAAAUCAGAUCUAAAACAGUCACUGGCUAAUGUUUUAUAUAAAUUCAGUUUGGAUGUUUUUCAAUUUAAUAAAAUCAGAAACAGAUUUUCAGACUUCUCAACAUUGUAGGAAUCAAGAAUUGUGAUUCUGACUUAAUCAGAUUUGUCCCAUCACCCCCGAUCAAUCAAUUGGCUAAGAGUCGGUAAUCUUAUAAAGUUACAUAAGACAAAGUGUUUAAUCCUAGAACUUGAUCAAAUCAUUAUUUCACUCGCAGGUUUAAUGAUUGAAGGGAAAUUCAGCUGGCGGCACAGAUAAUCAGCUGAGGUGUGUGUACUUCUCUGUGAGUUGUAACACGUUGUACAUGUAGGACAUAAUCACAGUCGGGAUAUCCGGGUUAAUCCCUUCGUCCGACCACCUGCAGGUUUGAUGGCGUCUCUGUAAUGUCAGCGCCCUCUGACCUUUAUCUCACGGCGCUCUGUCGUGCUGUUUCUUUUUAAUGUGACUCUCUGUUUGUGAUUUUAUUCCUGAUACUGCCCCGGUCUUUUAUUCUCAUCAUCCACACUCCUCUUUACUCCAGUUCUCUCUGCACACCACUUCACUUCCUAUCCAGCCAUCCUAUCGCCCUACCGAUCACCCUCUUGUACUGGAUGCCCCCCCUCCUCAUUGAAAGACGCCCCCGGCUGCGUCCUAGUUACCCCCCCUACUGAGAUAAAGAGCUAAUUGGAAAUCCCUCUACUAAUUAACCUUCUCCAGGCUGAAUGGUAUUUAUAUCCUCUGCUUUUUGAUGGAGCGAUAGAAAAGAAGGGAUAGGAGGGGGAGAUGGAGAGGGAAGGAGGAAGAGGAGGAGGAGGAAGAGGAGGAGGGAAAGGGGGCGAGAGAGCUGAGAAAUGAAUGUGAGCAAGUGGGUGGAAUAUAAUGGAUGUUGGUGGAAGGUGGGUACAAGUAAGUGAGAGAGGAGAGCGAGGGAGAGAUGCCAGUGUGAAAGAAUGAAGCAGCUGGAGCGUUUCAGCAAACCGUCAGGAAUCCUUGUUCAUUUCUGCUGUGACAGAACAAAUAUCACCGUCAGUACACGAGAGCAGCGCUGCCAAGACUGUCAGUCUGCUCGGUAAAUGAGCAGUUAGAAGUUAGCAAGGGACAAUUCAGACUGGGGGCUCUUCAGUCCAUGCAAAGUGAACCGUUGCACCGUAUAAUCAGGGCAAACAUACAAUUCAGAGUUUUCUGCAGGGAGAUGGAUUUGUGUUUGAAAUAGAGGGAAAAUAAAGUUUGUCACUGUGUUGCAUUUUGAGGGUUCAUUAGAAUUGUCUGAAUGAACUGCAAGCUAAAAUUUCACAGUUUAAGAUGUAUCUCAUGCACUACUUUGGAUAUGCAUAUGGAUACAGGCCGGACUAGGGCUGGGUGAUAAAACAAAAAGUUACCUAUACCGAAAUUUACAACAAUAACCGACAUCAUGUUGCUCAUGUCAGUAUAUUCGAUGUCAAAAUAAAUAAAUAAAUCUAAGUUGGUUUUGGAUGUGUGUAGGUAGGCUAUGGUCUCAUGUCCCUUUGAGACGCUGUCCUAAGUCAGAGAUGUGACUCCGCCCCAUCAAGUCGAUAACAAAGACGGAAAGACAGGUGAGGAGAUGGAAGACGGUUCAAAAGUUGUGGUGGCUGAAGUAGACGAAGUUAAUGUGGGAGGGGGUGAACAGAUUGUGGAGUAGUUAUCGAGGUGAACUGAUCAAUAUAUCAUGAGAUUAAUUUUAGGGAUAUCGCCCAGCCCUAACCUGGACCUUGUAAGCUAGUGAGUUGGUUGCAUCUUGAGAUCAGAUAAUCAGCCAACCAGGUGAUGAUCAGUGUCUCAGUUGUCUACCAUAUCAGUAAAGUACAGAGUCAUGCUUCGGGUUAGCGGAGCUCGCAGGUUUCUCCACCCUCACAGAUAAAACCCCCCUGUGGAAACGGCUCGGACCCUGCCACACUCACUACCCAGCAACAGAUAAAGAUCUCAGUUAAUUAAAGGUAAAGAUAAUCAAAUGUAAACAAGAGUAAACCUUAUGCAUAGACAUGUACAUGGCAAUCGGUCUCCUAUUACUGUAUCUAUAAACUACCUACUUAUCAAUACUUAAUGUCAGCUGUAGGUCUGAACUGGAGCCGGAUAUCCAGUUCAGAUCGAGAUACGGAAAAAGGUCCAGUUGUAAUUUUGACAAGAAAACUUUGCAGGUUGAAAUUUAAACUUUUCUCAAGUAUAAUAAAAAACUUAACCUUUUGUAGAAUUGAGUAUUUUCUCUUGUUGACAUUGAAACCUAUCAUUCAGAGUUCCUCUAAUGUUGUGCUCAGAUAUUGACUUUAUGCUCGGUUGUAUCUCUUUGUAUAAGACUGAACUGUGAGGAUGUGCACAAAGGAGAACAUAAUGAAACAUAAGAGGAGCAAGAGUGACAGUGAGUCAGCCAGCCAGUCAGUCAAUCAGUCAGUGAAACAGUGUCUCGCAGGCAGCAGAAGGUACAGUAAUAUAUAUGAGGAGAGGGAGAGGGGGAGGCGGGAUGGAGGAGUGAAAGAUCUCAGGAGAGUAGGAGUCGAGAGGGGAGAAAGGGAAUCGUUUCAGGUUUCCAUCAUUUGCCGUGCCACCUUUCGCUUGUCACCCCCCUCCUCACAGGAGCUGGUGGGGGUCGGAGGAGGGUAAGGUUACCUGGCUGUCGUCCCCUGCUGUCUCCGCUGGCUUUCUUUUCUGGUUACACUCACUCUGGUCCAAGAGCAGCUCCGUCAAAGCUGCUGCACGAGGAACAGACAAACAAGCUUUCCUUUACUUUCUUCGAGUUAACUUUUCUUUGAAUCAUUAAAUCGAUAAAUCUCUGAAGUUUCCAACAAAAAUGUGUUUUAAUUUCUGUAAAAUCAUCGACGCUGAGCCAACUGAGAAGACAAGAACGGGGCUGUCGAUGCAGUUCGAUCAAUUAAUCAUGUACCUUUUGAUGCUGUCGGGAGCCGCUAAUUAUCACACUUUGCUAAUGCAUCUUAAUAUUAAAUAAUAAUAAGAGAGUGGGCGCCGGACCAUGAUUCAUUAGCAGACAUAGCUGGAUGAGUCAGGAUUUUAUUUAUCAUUACAGUAAAUACGUUCAAUGUGAUUGAUAGGGAUGGUGACAGGAACAGAAAAACGUCCGAUGUGUCAGGAACAGGCUGCAACAGCAGAGAUAGGAACACAGCUCCAGGCUCUGCUGUAGGCACAUAGGCUACAUCAAUCUUUCAUAAAUACCAGUGAGCUGCUGGCAAAGCUGGUUAGCCAAAGUGUCUCAGUGGGUCAGGCCUGGUGGCAGGAAUUGGUGGGGCCUGGCUCGUAUUGAGAGAAUAUCUCAGGGUUGUAAAGGUCUGCGCCGCCUGCUGUAAGUCGCAGCUCCGCACGCCAAUAUCAAGGUCUAAGACAAAAGCAGCUGAGAAGCUUUUGACUGCAGACAAGCUCGCUGAGGUCUCCGUGGCUAAAACACAGUCUGUCGACUUUAUUGGAUUGCAAAGCAGCCCCGACAGAUGGUCCGGUAAGGCGGUACUUCUAGCCAGGCAAUCUGGUGAUAUAUUUUCAAAACAUGAAAGACUGGGUCAUAGAAUAUUACUUUUAGCAGAAAGCUUUGGCCCUCACACUCUUAACUUUUAACUCAAAGAACAAGGAAACACAGACAUCAAACCUGUAAUCCUCUCAUUGUCAAAGCCAGCCUAAUACUUGACCCAGAAAUGAGGGAGACUGGGUGUCUCGUACUUUGUUUGGGGAUCAGUUUUGAAGAUCAUUGAUAAGCUGGUCUGAGACAUCUCUGAGUCUGACCACAGGACCAAGAGGAAAUGUUCGACUUCUAUAAAUCUCCUUUUGUUUGUUUUCUAUCAUCUCAAUUUCAGUUUAAAACCCACGGCCCCAGCUUCACUCGCCUCCAUGCGCCCUGGCCUGUACUGUGUCGAGAGGCGGAGUUUCUCAAGAUUAAAGUCCCCACGAAGACGGUGAGACUGUGUUGAUCAUGAUGAUAGUGAUUUACACCAAUUAUAUUGAGUGUUUUAAAGUUUAUUAUUUCAGGACUGAGUAGAGAGUAGAAUAAUUUAAUUUAAUGAUGUGCGUUUUUCAGAGUUAUGAACUCAAAGAGGAAAAGGGUUUCGGGUCCAGUAUGCUCAAAGUGUGGAAGAAACUGAAGCAGCCCUUCCAGCCCAAAGUACCUCAUCAGGAACACGAACGCAACAAAGUCCUCUCACACUGCUUCUCCAGGGACAAACUCCAUCUGUGAGACCUACAACCACACAAACACACAUUAAAUGCAUUCAUUUACUUUGAGACACAAGAUGAGUUACAUACAUUACAAUACAUUUAAGGUCGUACAAUGUAACAUUAUAUAUGGUUAUGUAACACCUUGUAAUGUGACACAUAGGAUAUAUCACAUUGAAAUGUAGCAUAACAUGACAAAUUGUAACAACACGUUUUGCAAUGUAACACAACAUGCUAUCCUAACAUAUUGUGACACAUACAGUAUAAUAAUGUUACAUAAUUCAACCUGAAAUUUAAACGUCAUGCUUUUUAAUGCUCUGUAAUGGUUUGUAAUGUAUCAAAACGUAACAUAAAAAUUCAUAACAGUUCCAAACAGAAUGGAACAGUUUGUAACAUAAUGUAAUGGUUCGUAAAGCAUAAUAGUUCCUAACAUUCCGCUGCGCAAGGCAUCUCAGUGCUACAACAUGUUACUUUAUAUUUCUUCAUGUUAUGUUACAUUUCGUCACUGUACGGUACGACAUCUUAUGUGACGCAACAUACAGUCGACGUUCUGUAACUUUUCUCCGCAAAACAAAGUACGAGGUUAUUUCGUUGUAACUUCAAAUAGACUUCUUUAAUGUUUCUUUAUAUUACAAGUCAACACUCAAGAGCAAAGUAGCGUAAAACAGGGUAAUUAUUAAGGGUAUGAUUAGGUUAUGAUUUCAGAUCAGAUCAUAAUUUUUUAUUCAGUCAUAAAAAAUAAGACACUUUCUUUUCCUGCAGGUACAACAUCACAUCCAAAGACACUUUCUUUGACAACGCCACACGGGGCCGAAUAGUAAGUUUUCAUUAAAAUUCAAACCCUUGUUUUGUUGUUUACGCCUCAGUCCCUGGAUUUCCAUGGAUCACCAGUCUCAUAUUUUGUCAUUUUUCUCAGGUGUAUGAGAUCCUGAGAAGGACGGUGUGUGCACGAACCUGCCAAACCAUAGGUAAGGAAACCAGCAGAGCACUGUGUGUCUGAUAGUGAAUCACUGAGAGCGAGGGGUUUUUCCAUUACGGGACACAUCUUUACUUGGUCAGUGAUGAAAUGAAGAUCAGGUGGACCUAUUCUUGCUGCAGGCGUACAAAUGUCAAACAUGGUGUAAAAAUAAUUGAUGACUUUAUCCAUUUUGGUCAGAGGGCAUCAGGAAUGACACCAACACAAUCUGACAUACCCCCCCAGCUCUUUCUACUUUCACCAUCCAGAGUUACGAUGUGCCUUAUGGGAUUGAAACAUGAGAGUCAUUGCUAAGAGGUUACUUAAUCGUAACUUGAGACGUUUUUGAAUGCUAAUACUGAAAUAAAACCUUGGUCUGCUUCACUGCAGUAUAAAAACAAUAACUUUUCAAGUGUUUGCAGCAGUUAUAUGAUGAUGCAGGUAAACUCAAAUAUCGUCCUCCUUUAGUUUGAAGUGUUUUUAUUUUGUGCAGCCUUGAAUCUUAUCAAAGAUUUUAUGAGAUGAGAAAAAAAGCUGCUACACUGAAGAAGUUGUGUAACGUCUUUGGCUGAACAUAAGAGGGUAAAGUCAGCUGUCAGAUGAAUUUCAAGAUCAUGCUGAAAGUCUCAAAUCUGUCUGGACUGUUUGGUAAGCCUCAGGUGAACGGGUGGGUGUAACUGAUAUGCCUGAGGGAUGUCGUCGUUGUGAAAGCCAUUUUUUGGCGGAGUGACAGGACAGCAGGGACCGAUUUUCCUCCUAAUACCUGCUUUGGACGGAUCUCUGAAAUUUCAGAUUAGCAAAUUCUGCAUGCAGUGCACGACUAAGAAUCAUGAAAACACAUUUUUACAGCAGAUUAAUUUGUGUGAGUUUGGACAAAGGGUCUUAUAUUGUUUGCAACAGUUUAGAAUUACAUGUCUGACUAGGGCUGGGCGAUAUGGCCUCAAAUCAAUAAUGGAUGGACUUCCUGAUGGUACAGUAAAGUCCUAAAAACUAGGAAGAGUGCUUAGGUCAAGUCCAACCAGAUUAGCUAAACCAUGUUACAGACUUGACUAGGGCUGGGCGAUAUGGCCUCAAAUCAAUAUCACGAUAUAUUGAUCAGUUCACCUCGAUAAUGAUAAAAGGACGAUAACUAUUCCACAAGCUGCUCACCCCCUCCCACAACUUUUGAACCGUCCUCCAUCUCCUCACCUGUCUUUCCCUCGGGUGGAGUCACGUCUCUGAUGUAGGACAGCGUCUUAAAGGCGCAUGAGACCAUAGCCUACCUACACACAUCCAAAACCAACUUUUAAUCAUUUUUUUUUUUUUACACCAAAAACACCGAUAUGGGCAAAAUGACGUCGGUUACUGUCAUAAAUUUCAGUAUCUGUAAAUUUUCAGUUUAUCGCCCAGCCCUAGGUACUGUGUAUAAACUAGCAUUGCAAAGGUAAGCUCUGGUUCAUUGGGGCUUUUUCUGUACAAGUUAAGAAUACUGAAGGACAGCGAUGAAUUAAAGUUCAUUCAGAGGUAAAACACUGCAGGAAAAGUACGUCCAAAACGUGACAAAGGUUGUUAAAAUGCAAUAUUUAUUUUUUGACGCAAAGUAUACCAAUAUAUGAUGAUACGUCGGUUAUUGUAGUAAAUUUCGGCAUCGGUAAAUUUUCGGUUUAUCACCCAGCCCUACGUCUAACAGUAGUUAGUGAAACAAAGGAGUUCAGUGAUUGAAUAAUUGGAUAAGUCCAGCAUCAAUUUGUUUGGGAUUCAUCUUGUCUCGCCAUAUUGUGACUAGAAAAUGACUCUACAGGAAAAAUCAGCAACAUUUACCACAGCAGAGGUAACUCCUUUUUUGGACAGGGCUGUCAACUUUAUAAAACUUUUGAUUCUGUCUCUGAAACAUUCACAUCACUUCCCCUCUUGGGAUUGCAGCCCACUUCCAUCAGUUAUUCGCUCUUACCUCGGUACAUCGGUAGAGCUUUAAUGACAUGCAGAUAACAGCGACACCCGUUUCAUUUCCAGUGUCCUCCAUAUGUCUCAUUGGCGCCCUGAUCACAGCAGAAGGCCUCAGCUAGCGGGUAGUGAUGAAGCUGCAGGGGAUGAGAGAGACAGAAAAUAGACCUGCAUCUAUUUAACCUCUAUUUUCUCUCUCUCUCUCUCUCUCUCUUCUCGUAUUUUCUGUUUAUAUUCUCUCUCUUUCUCUCCCACACACACACACACACACACACACACACACACACAUGCACACGGCCCACUCCCCGCUGCCCUCCUCCAUCUCCUCUACAAGUGGGUCAUACGUCUUGGGUCAGGCUGAGAUUGAAGUAGGGGCCUCUGGGAUUUGUGGUUUUCUCCCGCUGGUUAAAGGGAGAAUUCACGGGUUUGAAUUCCAUGAGCUCGGUCUGGUACGACGAGUCGAUGCAUGGAUCCUGGGACAAGUAAUAAGUCGAUUGAUCGCUUUGAAAAGUGAGCUUCAAAAGUGACGACGCCUCCUUUAUGGAUUUCGGUUUAGAUCAGUUUCGUAUCAUCAAUUUGCCGUUCCUGUUAAAAGCACUUUCGCUCUCUGGGUUAUAAUCUGCAUGAGUAGUCGUUCUUUUUUUGCCUCCACCCGUCUCUUUCUUUCUGCGCCUCCCUCUCUUAACAUUGCGAGUGAACAUUUUGAAUGACAAAGCAGGAGAAAAGCACACCGAGGCACUUCUGAAACGCUCCCUCAUGGUUGUCUUGUGACUCCUCUCUCUCUCUCUCUCUCUGUCUUUUCUUUUUUUCUCUCCCUCUCUUCCAGGCAUCAGCACAUUGAUAGCUAAAGGCGUGUACGAUGCUGCCUUCCCUCUUCAUGAUGUAAGUUGGAGAGCUGCCACUGGUGGGACUUUUUUUCUACUACGUUCAGAUUGUGGAAAAUGAAACUGUGUUAGAAGUCAGAGCUGGAAAUAAUUGGACAUUUUUAUUUUGAUGAUUUGAAACUGAUUUAAAAUACGUUGGAAGCACAAAACGGCUUCUGCAGGUACUUUUAAUCAUUGUUGAAAGUCGAUUACUGCACAGAUUUCCAUUCACGCCUCAUUUUCUCUCUCUCCUUGCUCUGCAGGGUGACUAUAAGGUCAUCGGACACAUUGAGGAGAAGAGUGACAGACAAGUAGGUCUCCCUCUCUUACCUUAAUCCCUUCACCUCUCGCUCCUCGCCUUAAUUUGUCUACAAAGUGUUCACAAACGCAGACGCUGUCCCAGUACCCUGGAGUGACCUCUGUAAAGGGACACCGGGCUUUACACAGAGCUGAGCGAGAAAACAGCUUCACAUAUUUGUUAUUUAAAAUGAUUCGAACUUCAACUCCCCUGUGGUUGAUUACUUUCUAAAGCGGUGUCAGGAUUCAUGUCUAUCAUUUUUACCACAGUGAUUGAUGGUCAGGAUGUAGAAAUUGUAGAGUCCGACAGGUAUUUAGGAACCAUAAUAGACAACAAAAGUCCAGUUCGGCAGGCGGAGGAUCGCGUCGCUGCUUUUUGCGGAUGAUGUGGUCCGAGGCCAUGGUCCUCAGUCCUCAAUUGGAAAAAGGUAGAUUGCUUUCUCCAGGUCUGAGGGGUGGUCCUGCCUCAAGCGGAGGAGUUAAAGUGUCUCAGGAUCUUGUUCACGAGUGAGGGUAGGAUGGAACGGGAGAUCGACAGGGAGAUCGGAGCGGCGUUAGCAGUGAUGCGGACGCUUAACCGAUCAGUCGUGGUGAGGAAAGAGCUGAGCUGUAAGGCGAGACUCGAUUUACCGGUCGAUCUACGUGCCGACCCUCACCUAUGGUCAUGAACUUUGGGUAAUGACCGAAAGAACAAGAUCACGGAUACAAGCGGCUGAAAUGGGUUUACUUCGCAGGGUAAGGAGCUCGGACACUCGGGAGGCGCUCAGAGUAGAACCGCUGCUCCUCCACGUCGAGAGGAGUCAGCUGAAGUGGCUCGGGCCGCUGGUUAGGAUACCUUCUGGACGCCUCCUGUUAGAGGUGUUCCAGACAUGUCCCACCAGGAGGAGACCUCGUGGCCGGCCCAGGACCAGGUAGAGGGAUUAUAUCUCUCUUCUGGCCUGGGAACACCUAGGAAUCUCCUCUGUGGAAGUGGUGGAAGUGGCCGGGGUGAGGGCGGUCUGGGCUUCCCUCCUGAAGCUGCUGCCCCCGCGAUCCGGAUGAAGUGGAAGAAAAACACAAUUUACAAGAAAAGCCGGCAGCGUCUGUUCUGUCUUAGAAAACUCUGAUCUGAUCUGUAAAACAAACAGCUGUACAAGAAAGAAAAAUCCGUCCUGUCUGACUGUUCCCAUCCUCUUCAUGAUCGGUUUCAGUUUCUUCCAUCUGGUUCAUUGAUCAGAGCUCCUCUUGCUAAAACAAACAGAUACAAACAUUCCUUCAUACCUUCUGCCGUCUCUCUUCUCAGUUCAUGGAGGAAAAAGUAGCUGUUUGUGGUGUUUUGAAGUUUUUUAGUCAUGCUUUUCUUGAUUUUGAUUAUUGUGCUCAAGUGUUUUUUAUACUCCCUUUGUUGCACAACCAAUUGACAAAUAAAGUUAUUGAUUGAUUGAUCGACUUCAUACUAGAGUCAUUCAAAACAGUUUCAUGAUUUUCAGUCUUUAUCCAUGUCCAUAAAAUACUCCUACUGGAACUUUACACCGUCUCCAACAUUUUCUUUCUUCUUUGUUGUGAAAAAAAGGAACAAACGCUCUCACAUGAGCACAACAAAGUUCAGUGUUUUUUCAGCAUUCUGUAUAAAAACACGACCGUCACGUCAAAGUCUAGACACUUAAACUGCGAACAAACAGAAAGCGAAGAAGCCGCCGCUCUCCCGGACAAUGGUUUCCUCUGUCGGUCUUCCCUGAGUUUGUUCCUUCCUCCCAUCUGUCGAACACCAUCACAGAUUGGAGUUUAAGUUAAACAAAUAUCUCUCAGAGCUGCACAGAAAAAGAAAAAGAAAAAACAUAGACGGGCUCGAAAUUCAAAGAUUAGAGCGAAACCGAAUCUGCUCUGAAUAUAAAUGAAAAAUAUACAUAUCAUCUUUUCUGUCUGAACAUGAUCAUUACGUCACAGUCUGUGAGACGAGGUUACACACUGCAGCGGGAUGACUAUCUUUAGAAAUAAGAGCACAGGAGCUUUAUAAUACCCAUUUGAUCCUUUUCUCUUGGCUUAAGAGUGAUAUCGCUCAAACUGCAGGUCUUUAGCUUCAUCCACCGAGGUUUAACUCCACCAAUCCGAUCAUUCGGCCUCCAGGUCAGCUCAGCCUCGGAGGGUUGUUGUUGUUUAUUGUUGUGUUUGUGUUUAAAUACCCACAGUGACUCUGAGAGUCUCUUUCCUGUUUGUUUUCAGGUCCUGCAUGAAGAGUGGGCCAGAUACUCUGCCUUUUACAAGUACCAGCCCAUCGAUCUCGUCAGGUAACUUCCUGUUUCACCGACAACGGCCUCUUAACUCUGCUCUUAAUAUCUAUAAGUGGACAAAUACGUGUGUUUCUUACAUGCAUCUCUGGGUGUUUGAAAAUGAAGAGACUCUGUAGUGGAAUUCACCGCAGUUUGCCGCUGUGUCCACUAGGAAUGGGCAUUUUAAAAAAGUUCCUUGGUUGACUUAUCAUAUAAAUUAACGACCAAUCAUCGAUUUGAUCGUUAUUUUUAGGCGAAUGGCAGAAAAUACCCAAAAAACAUGUUUCUCUUUAUUAGAAAACCCCCCAACUGUUUUUUCAGCACGGCACGCUACAUGCUCCCUCAUACUUCCUACCUGCCCGGCUACCGUGAUAACCGUUGUUUUUUUCUCAUUGAUGAAACGCUAAAAUCAGGGACAUUUUCGGGGACAACUUUAUUCAGGGACAGGUCAUCCAAAACAGGGACUGUCCCCUGAGAUCUAGUGUUGUGUCGUUCGUGAACGAUUCGUUUAAAAGAACUGAAUCUUUUAAGUGAACGUACUGAACAGAAUCACUUCCUCAAGUGAUUCGUUCGUUUCUCACUUCGGUUGAGCUGUCAGCAGCGCAGCUGGUAAAGCACGCAGCAUUGCCAGGCAAGUAGCCAGGGAACAAGGGACCACAUGCACCGACGCCUGAAUCACUUGGUAAACAAAUCACGCAUUGAACUGCACUGUCUGGAAUCAUAUUUUUCAGGCAAAACUAACUUUGCCACCACAACAACUUGCAUGCAAUAGGACACAGCAUGUAACAAGUAGUGCAUUAAACCCGCAGCGUCCUAUCAUUGCAGCGGUUUGCGAGGCAACAGUGGAUGUUCAGUUUGAAUUCUUCUAAACAUUCAGUGAAUGAAUCACUCACACUCUUGUCUCCUGGUCCCAGAAACUAUGACUUGAACUGAAUCCUGAGCCGUUCAGCUGUGAAUCAGUUCAGGAGGUCAGAGUCGCAGACUUCUCCUGCCAAGCACUGAAUGAUUUGGUGAUUCGGUGAACGAAUCUUUUGAACGAAUCUUUUUAGUGAACUGAUUCUAGUGAGAUUGGGGACGUCUGGUCAGCCCGCAGAUCCUCUUUUCUAUCGUGGAGCUGAUAGUUGGUUGAGACUGAGAGCACUUGGAGGAUUCAUUAACCUCAGUCGGAUGUACAUGAUUCAAGUGGUGAAUCAUUGGCAUUGUUGUCAUGUUGUACUUGUACACAAAACUGCAAACUUAAUUAUUUUUCCGCUUGAAAUGAUCCCACACCACACUUGACGCUGACGCUGUUUCACUACCCUUGUAAAAUGUCAAAAUCCGUCACAUCGCGAUAGUCACUGCGUUGCUUUAACACACACACACACUCACACACUGACUGGACAAAGGGGGUAUCCCUCCUGAUCAGCAGAUGUUGAUCUUAGCUGGAAAGCUGUCUGCCCUUUUUUAAUAAUGCUAGAUCGAAUUUUGCGUGAUUGUUGUAAUUCUUAACAAUCAAUCAAUCGAUCAUUGAUUAUGCCCAUUCCCAGUAUCCACACAUGCAGGUGAAAUCUCCUCCAUGUCAAGACAAAACUACGUAUAAACCAGAUCUAGAAAGAACAGUGACUUCUCAGUUAUUACUGUGCAGUAAUUAGAUUUAGAUAUCUAAAAAUGAUUAAUAAUUUUCUAAUAAAACAUGAACAGGUUAUUUUAAAUGGAUCUUCGAUGUGGAGUGUUUGCAGGGUAAAGGUUCUGACCACGGUCUGUGAGUCUGCACAGAGCAGGCUUACUGUGAACACGGUCCAGAAACAGGGAGAGGUUUUUAAAGCUCAGCCUGAUGAAUGAGAUCCUUAAUUAAACAUUGAACACCUCCUCUGUUCCAUCUAAGCCUGUUAUUUUUAACCCCGCAUUAGGACUUUCACCUGUGCUGCGAACAGUCUGCUCUGCCAGAACCAUGAACCUCACCUCACUGACACUUUCGCCGUCUAAUCCCUGACCUCUGACCCCACAGGAAGUACUUUGGGGAGAAGAUCGGUCUGUACUUCGCAUGGCUCGGCGUUUACACACAGCUGCUGAUACCGGCCUCCAUCGUGGGAAUCAUUGUGUUUGGAUACGGAGUGGCAACAGUGGACACCAACAUUCCCAGGUACUAGAAUUCAUGUAAUCAAUCAGGGCGGUUCCUCUUCUUCAGAAACGUCACAAAGAAGACGCUUUUAAAAACAUUUUGUUGGGUUGGGAAGAAAAAAUAAUGCAGGUACUUCAUCAGCUCUUGCAUUUGUUUACUGUGCAAGAUAUCCUUGCAGGUAGUUGUGAUUUCACCCACUGAGUCUGAUAAUAAAUCACAGAAUGGAUGUGCAAAAAUUGAGCACAGAGCUACUUCAGGCAGACCACAAAGUCUAGCUCAACCCACGGUGCAUCAGCUGAGCUUCUGCCUUCUUUUGCUGCUUCUGCUUUGCAACCCACCUCUACCCCAUCAAAUACAACCUCAAUGAUGUCUGCUCGGUCUUUGCUGCAGGAUUUGCAUGGCGAAUGUGUUCCUGGCUGAGUUUAAACUUUACGUAGCAGAACUGAGAUUCAUUCUAGGGCUGGGCGAUAUGGCCUCAAAUCAAUAUCACGACAUAUUGAGCAGUUCACGUCAGUGAUAACUACUCCACAAGCUGCUCACCUCCUCCCACUUUAACUUCGUCUACUUCAGCCGCUACAACUUUCUCACCGUCCUCCAUCUCCUCACCUGUCUUUCCCUCUUUGUUACCGACUGGAUGGGGUGGAGUCACAUCUCUGAUGUAGGACAGCGUCUUAAAGAGACAUGAGACCAUGGCCUACCUACACACAUCCAAAACAAACUUUUAUUCAUUUAUUAUUUUGACACAAAAUGACGUCGGUUAUUGUCGUAAAUUUUCAGUUUAUUGCCCAGCCCUAUUUCAUGCUUGUUAUUUUUAUUUUUUGUAGUGAUGAUUUCUGUUUUGAGUUGUUCAGUUUUAGCCUUUUUGUUGCAAAUUCUCCCUUUCAUCACAGUCUGUCUUGAAGGCGAUCCAUUAGAUACUUUGCAUCUUGGGAUAACUUGAGAUAUCAGGAUUAUUUCGUCCUCUUUUUGUGAUUUGAAUUUAUGCACACACAACUUGGUUCACAGUAGACAGGGAUUGCCCUGAUACCUGCUGUAUCCUGCUUUAGUCAGGGGUGUGUGGGAGGAACACAGAAGGUUUGGCUGGCAGUGUGUGUGAGUGUGUGUGUGUGUGUGUGAGUGUGAGUGUGUCACGAGGCAAAAGGUUGAUAAUUCAGCCUACACUGGCUAAGAAUAAGGUCAGAGCAGAGUAGCUCCUCGUGUGGGUAUGUGUUAAGUCUUCCAUUCACUCCUGAUAUUUUGCGAGGACCAAAUCCAGAAACAGAAAACAUAGAUCUUCUGUUUAUUUAUUCCUUCUUAACUUUAAAAGCGUCCUCUGAAGCCCCACUGUGUUCAAGAGCUCUGCGACUGACGUCCUGAUUUCCUCCCCCUCAGUCAGGAGAUGUGUGACGAGAGUCUAAAUUUCACCAUGUGUCCUCUGUGUGACGGAGCCUGCGACUUCUGGCACCUCAGCACCGCCUGCGGCACCGCCAGAGCAUCACAUCUCUUUGACAACCCCGCCACCGUCUUCUUCGCCAUCUUCAUGUCUCUGUGGGGUGAGGCUACAAGUGUGUGUGUGCGUGUGUGCACGCGUGUGUGUGUGUGUGGAUGUGCUUAGAAACUUGCGAAAGAGAUGGCCUUAAUCCAAAGUUGCUCUUUGAAAUCUUCUACCUACUUCACUGCGCUGGCCAAGUCUUUAUGAGGACGACAGGCUGCAGGAACAUGUGCUAAAUAAAUAAGUAGAGUAUUCAGUCCUGGAUAAAGCCACAUAAGUGGACCAGGUGACCUCCUGUUGUUAAUAUUACAGCACAUCUGUCUGUCAGUGGAGCAGGAGAUGCUGCUGAUUAAUAAGAAUACCAUCAUAACUGCUGUUUUGUGUGUUUCUGUGUGCAGCCGUGCUCUUCCUGGAGCACUGGAAGAGACGCCAGAUCAGUUUGAGCUUCAGCUGGGAUCUGACCGGCAUCGAGGACGACGAGGUAAACCUGCAGCACAUAAAAAACACAAAACUGGAGUAAACUGCACAGAGCUGGAGAACUUUUGCUCAGAGUUUUUUUUUUUUUUUGCAUAGUUCUUGUUGCUAUUAGUGACUGCAACCCGCUCUUAGAGGACCCCCCGCUGUGAGUGUAAUUCAAGAGGCACAAGUCUAAAAAUGGUCGUCUCCAACAGAUCCACAUUCAUGAAGAAAACACAGACGGGAACGUUGCUCACACGUAAAACCUACGAUAGAGUAUUAGAGCCACAUUAAGAAAGAAAAAAUUAAAACUUCGGGAUUACAAUUGUUAAUUUACGAGAAUUAAGUCCUAAUAAAAUCAUAAUGAUACUUAUGAUAAUGUGGCGCUGAUGUGCCAAAAGAUGAAGUAUCUCCUUGUUUGAAAAAAACGAUAUUAAAGUACAUUUUCACGAAAUGCUCCAUGGCUCUCAUUUCAACAACCGUCAUCUUAGUUUAGCCUUUUAUUCUGACUUUAUUCUCAUAAGUAAUGAUUUGGUAACACUCUACAAUAACUAUAACUUAAAAAUGGUUAAGAGAUCAUUUAUAAAUGUUAAGCAGAUAAUUUUUUAAUGUUUAAUCAUCAUUUAUAAAUAGCAAUAGACCAUUAAUAAAUUGUAAAUUUUACCAUUCUAAAAACCUAACCCUAACUUUACAAUAACCAUCUCAGUAAUGUUUAUAGAUGGUUUAAAAACCAAAUAUAAAUACGAAUAUUGGUCUAGAUGCAGUUUUUAAAUGAUGAUUAAACAUUAAUAAACUAUUGAUUUACUAUUUUAAAAUUAUGGUUAUUGUGAAGUGUUACCAAUGAUUUAAUUGGAUGUCAUUCUAGUUACUAAUUACUUUAUAACGACCUUAUUUAAUCUCAAUAUUAUGACUUUAUUUACACAAUUUUCUGUUUUUAAUCUCGAAAUUUUGACUUUCUCAUUUCAACUUUUUUAGAAUUCAACAUUAAUCUUGAAAUUUUUACUUGAAUCUUGAUAUGGAAAUUAUAAAAAAUUUCCCUCCUGUCAUUAUUUUUUUCUCUUCUUGUGGCUCUAAACCUCUUUCGCAGAAACCAGGUCCUUCACACAGUCAGGGUUUGUUUAUUUUCUCCUACAGGAACAUCCCAGGCCGAGGUACGAGACCAUCCUGCUGCAGAAGAGACAGAGGAAACAGAAACAGAAACAGAAGAAGAAGAAAAAGAAGAAGAAUGAGGUUAGAAAGAAAACAAAAAUCACAUUUUUUAUUUUACAGAAGGUCUGUCAGCUCAUGAGUGUGAUCACAUUUCAUCCUCUUAGCUGGACCUGACCGUCAAUAACACGAAUGGAAAGGUAUUUGACAGUACAACUCACUUAUUUGUCAACAGAAUUUUCCCAUCAUGCAUUCUUGGUGUCGAAUGUUGACACUCUUCCACUUGGCUGCAUCCUCCUAAUGAUUUCCCUGAUAGUUUAGGGUCUAAAUCGUGCAGCGGACACUGCGGUCUGAUCGCCGAUGAUUGAAAAUGAUCUAGAUUCUCCUCUUAAAUUGGGUCAACCUCAGCGAGUCCUGUUGGCCCACAUCUACUUUUUUUGCGGUGACAGAUGGCGUCCUGCCUCAGCCUGAACGAAGUGGGGACCAAAUCACACAAUACAGGAUCACCCAAACCUGAUCUGAGUAUAAAUGUAGGAGCGUUGGAUGAUUGAAGUGGUAAAAAUGUCGGGACGCGCCAUCUGCUGGUUGUGUUAUGACGUAAAGAAAACCAAAAGAAAGAAUCAAUCCUGCCAAAUGUUCAUCACAGGUGAAGUUCGUCUUCAUACGGAUAAAAAAAAACAAAAAUAAAAAAGCGCCAAGGACAAAGUUUGAUCUGAGGAGUCGUGGUCAUUUAAAGCUAAGUCUGGGUUGAUGGAGGAUAGGUUGUUGUUUUUUCUCGCAGGUAUCAGACCUCGUGAGAAGGUGGUGGACGAGCGAGUGUGUCGUGACUUGUUCGUUUAUCUCCACUGAUGACUCAGCUGCUGAUUCACUCAUUCAUUUAUACUCAGAGAUCAGAUACUGUGUUAGUAUGUCAGGAUUUGUGUUUUUUGUGAAUGAAUGAGACAAUCUAUAUUAAUGAUUAUGUAAUUAUAUUAUACGCACAGGAGUUUUUUGUGUCCUUUUUGUGCCUGUGUGUGUGUACGUGUGUGUGUGUUUCUUGCAGCCUGAGAAGCCGGAGGACGGGACAGUAAUGGGGAAGGACAGAUGGAGACAGAAACUGCUGUCGACUAUGGCUGCAGGAAUACCGGUAACCCUUCCCCUCCUUGCCUCCUUCUUAUCCCCUCCUUUCCUCUCCCUUCUUCCUCCUUUCCUUGUCCUCUCCUGCCCCCUCUCUUCUUUUCCUGCAGGCUACAGUCUGUCUGUUCUUCUCUUCCUGUCCAGUCCUCUGGCUUCUGCAGUCUCACCUCCUCAGGUAUCUCUUUGUAGUAAAUCUUUCUUGAUUUCUAAAUCCUAUACUUUAUUUUGGUGUAACUUUAAUUUAGGGUCAAACACACUGUAACACUGAGUUAGACACCCCAUCUAGAGAUGAAUGUUGCCGACCACUUGCUUCUCUAGUUAUACCAACUUUAGUAAUGACCGCACGCUAGCAAUACACAGUGGUCUACGUCUGCACGCGCACACCUCAAACAAAACGCCACAAAAAAUGCUCAGAACAGCUCCUAACUUCAUCAACAGGACAUAUAGGGUCCCAGCCAUAGUACUAGCCAUCAAACAUCUUCUUAGCUUAAUUUCUUUACAAAGAGACCAAACACAACUCACCAUCUCUCUUCCAGAAGCCGCUUGUUUGUAGGGGAGCCCUGACGAGUCGAUCACUGAGUGCAGCGGAGUUUCGCAGCUCAAGGAAGAACAUUUAUGAUCAUUUCUUCAUGGAAAUACAAUCAGAUGGAGACGCUAAAGCAGAAGAACUACAGCAUCUGCAGUGCAAAGUGAUUAUUAUGAUGAUUAUUACUUCAUGAAAAUGAUCUGCUGCACUCGGUGAUCGACUCGUCAGGACUCUCCCUACAAACAAGCUGGAGGAGAGUAGGUGAGUUGUGUUUGGUCUCUUUGCCAGAGUUGGUAUAACUAGAGAGGCAAGCAGUCAGUAACAUUCAUCUCUGGAGGUGGUGUCUAACUCAGUGUUACGGUGUGUUUGACCAUAACUAAAAUUAAAGUCGGAAUAUCCCUUUAACGUCAAAAAGUUGACUCUUAGUCCUCUUUUGAAUCUCCCUCUGAGAGGACAAUUAGACUUUUCUUAAGUCUGUAACAGAUCCGACUUUCCCUAUCAGUAUCCUUUACCGUGGAUGCUUAUCUAAAGGAGGAUUUUCUCUCUUAUAAAAUAUUCUUUGACAUUUUUGAUAAUUAUGUAACAACAAACAACACCAGCUGAUGUUAGAGGAAGAAGUGGCACUUUAUUUUCACUGAUUGAUUUCUCACUUUUUGGAAAGAACCUGCCCCGUUGUUCUGGCCUUGUUAGGAUUUAAGUUGGCUGUGAAAACAUAAAUUUGUUAUAAAAAAAAAAAAUAAAAAUCAUGACCAUGAUGAGAGAACAGAGCGUUUCUGCCUUCAGCAGCAGAAUAGAAGACAAACCUGUUAUUAUGGACAAAUACUGUCAGCGUAAAUGAAAACAGAGGCUGUGUUUCUGUAAACUCCAGCAGGAGGAUGAUUUCUGUUCUGAAACAGAUCCAAACAGGGAGUACAAAAGCCACAACUUACACAAAUUUAACUUUAAAACACCGUCGGGUCGCUCCUUUUAAGGCGGGCUGGAGCUCAGUGACACAUUUUAGAGUCAGUGGCUGAAGGCUGAUACAAAGCAGGGAUUAUCUGUCUGUGUGUUCAGGAUAAUGUGUGAGAAAACAGACACAUACACAUUUAUACUACUAUAAGUUAAAAUCCAUAAAAAUAUUAAAGUAAAUAAUGGAUUUUCACUCUCUGGAAAUGUGGUACAGCUUUUAUUACUUGGUGUAAAGACAUGAAUCAACUAAGUGAGUUGUAACUGCAGUUUAAGAGCCUUUAAUACCUGCACGUAAUGGAAUUAUUUAUGCUUGCAUGAAAAUAUAGCAUUACUUAUAUGAAAAUGAAUGCGUCCGUUUCAAACAAUGAUUCCGCCACUGCCCACAUACUUCCAUGCAUCCUUCAUGUUGGCAUGGAUGCUAACUAUUACAUCCACCAGGGGGCAGGCCGGAGUCAAAUGGUUCUGACAACAACGAACAAAAAGAAACAUGGCGACUGUAGAGGACCGAGUGAUAAAGUGUAUUUUGCAGUAUUGGAGGAGGCGGUGGUCGAUCAGGCCACUAAAUGCCUCACGGUUGGAGGACAGAUAAUUCUUUUAUCUAGUCGAUGAGAAAGCCUUGCCAUUGUCUUCUUCGUUUCUCUCUAGAGAUGCGUAUCGGGUAGUGACAGCAGCAACACUGCCCCCACGAUUUUCGGUGGUACUGCUCCGUCUGGCCUGUAUACGUAGACUUCAAGGAAUCGUGCAAAAAUACAGAUGAAGAGAAGGUGAAGCUCUGUCCAUAUCCGGAUCCGUAUGUAACAUUGAGCAUAAAUUAAUCUUUAGUUUGUCUAUCUGCUGUGAUCCUUGGUUAGGUUCCUGUGUUGAUUUUGGCGCCCCCUGUGGACAAAGCUGCACAUCUUAUCGCAUAGCUAACCCUGUCCUCUGCUUGUGUAAAUAUUGUUUUGUUCUUAGACUGCUUUUAUUGUCAUAUCUUUUUAUAAAGAUGAUAAACAUCAGACAUUUAAAGAUUAAUUAAUGGAGCUAAAUUAGAAUAAUGAGAGUUUAGGAGAGAUAAAGAGAAAAGGACAACAAGAGACGUUCAGAUAAAGAGAGGAAGACUUGGAGGAGUGGAGGGAUGAAGAGAAUCUGAGGGAGGGCGGCUGAGUGGGAGUCAGGCACGCUGGGCAGGAAGCCAGGGGUAAGAUUAGUGAAUGUCGCUAUGGCGACACAGAACUCUCUCUUCCUCUUUCUCUCUCACUCUUUCUCUCCAUCCUUCUCCUUCUCUCACAUAAACUAGACAGAUUUAUUUUUUUGUUAUCUGAGACGGUGAAAUGUGAUCAUAUCUAGACUGAGCAGGUAGUUAUGUGAAAUAGAAUCACACAAAUACACAAUAUCAGGUUAAUAAUCUGACUAUCAACUCAAGAUACUGUUGAUUUGAAGGAGAUUUUAUUGAUUAGAAUAUUGAUUUAUUGUAAAAGUAAGUCCCACAGAUUCAACAGUUGGUCGGUUUCUAUAGUAACAGUGUUUGGACCAGGUCAGUCAACAUUUACUCUACCACAUUCAUCAUUUUUUCUUCAGGUCUUCAAUGAGGAACUGUGAGAUGUGUCCAAACGUGCAAAUAAAGGAUGUGUUUUAACAGUUUAGUGCUUGAAAAUUGGAAUAGGAAUUGGAAUAAACACGAACUCCUGUCGUCUUUUAUAAUAUCUGUCACCGACCUUGGCUGGUUUGCUACAGAGCAGAGCGGGGACGCUGCAGUCAGAGUUGUGUCGCUGAGACAACACCAGUCUAUGAAGUGUCAUCCUCGUGAAUGACAGUUGACAGACCGCUGAGUACGAGACAGAGGGGUUGACAGAGUUGGAUUCAGAUGGAUGACACAUGCAUGUUGUGGUUGUGUGUGUGGAUAAAAAUAUCAGUCAGCUGUUCUCAUUGUUUUCUGUUUGAGAGAGAGACAGAGAAAGAGAGACGGCGGGGGUUAACAGAGGGAGCAAGCGAUAGGGGAGAUGUGUGGAUUGAACCAACCUCGGCCACUGUGUUUGGUUUCCCUCAGUGGAGGUAACAAGCCAAAUAUAACACCCGACCCAUUUCUCACUCACUCCCCCUCUUUUCUUUUUAAGGAUGUCCCUGACAUGAAGGUCCUUUUGUCCUUCAACACGUACGUCCCUCAGGUUCAUUAACAUGUAUGAGCGCAGGUGUGUGUGAAAAAUAGAAAGUGACCUGAAUAAAGAGCCCAAUGGUGUCUGUCCUGAAAUUGGGGCUUUGUCUGAUGAUACUCUGAUCAUACAGAGAGAUGACCGGAGUCCAAGAGCCUCUCCGUCCUCCAAAUGUCCUCCAUAUUAUUGACCUCUUUGCUGCUACGGAGAGUCUGAACGCUAAAAAAUCCAGUUUUUCACCAUCAGAAUGAACACUACUGUUGUCAAUAUAGGAUUUCAACUCGAUGCAUCAUUUAUAUGGACCUGUUUUUUUCACACACAUAUCACUGUUUUCAUUAGAGGUAGUGGGUUGGCGGUCUAAUCAAAGAGCUCAUUAGAUUUUUAGCUGAUUGAUACACAACCUUAGAGUAGGGCUGCAUGAUGAAUACAUUUUAAAUCGUAAUUGGGUUACUUGAUUAUGACGAUGUUAAAAAAAAAUUUAACUCAUCAAAUCCAUUUUCCUCUCUAUCAUGUCUUGCGCCGCCAGGCCACCGUAGGCUCCCCCUUCCAGCAGGAGCGUUCCCCAGUUUCCAUAGACACCAGUGUAAACGAACAUGGCGUUAAGGUGAUAAUUUCUUGACUAAAUAGGGCAAAAACAAGUCAGUCGUGUAUUGGUAUGGCUUCACAGUUUCGGAUGAAGAGCAAACCACUCCCCGCUGCAAAGUCUGUCUGAAGGCGGUAUUAACCCGUCCACACAGAGAUUAAUUCAGGAGUAACGCAAAAGUUUUUGUUGCAUCGGCGUUUAAUCUACAUGGAAAUGAUAUUUCAGUCGACUGUAGACAGUGCUUUUGAAAACAGGUAUGGGAGUGCAUAAAUCAGUAGACGACUCAUCUAUCUGCAUCUCUGGAAACGAUCAUGUGACACACAGCCUAACUCUUUUAUGGUGCCUGCGUGUGUCCGGCCAAAAAAGAAAUGUAUACACAUGCUCUGUACUCUUCUUCUGUCUUUUGUGCUAUAUGAAGUUUGGUGACGUUUUCACUGAAAAAUAAUUGAAAAUCAAGUUUUCAGGGGAAAAAAAAACGGUUUUAUUUUUGGCCAAAAUCGUGCAGCCCUGUCUGAGAGAGUGAUUUUCCUCUGACAUGCAUUUUCAUAUGUGGUCUAAGAAAGACCUUUGCAGGUUUUCUAUUAAGUCUCAUGCAAAAUACAUUUUCAAUUCAGAUGUAGGGAACAAUGGCAACCUUUUGAGGGGAAAGGGGUUGUUGAGCGAUGUUCGAGAAACUUUGUUGUUUUUCUCUUUCGAGUGUUUCCGAUGAGGUUAGGCUGAUAGAGGGUUGUAUCAUGACACGAAUGAAUGAAGUCUUCUUGCUUGAACUUGUUUGUUGUCGCAGCAGAGCGUUGUUUGUGCCUCACCUACCACUCCUCACUGAUUUAUUUUGUAAGCAGGAUUUCGAGGAGUCAUGAAACAAUAUCUGAAACCCACUGACUGGGACCUGCGGGUGGUUGCUCAGCUGGUGGAGGGGCUGAAAGUAGAAGAGCACGGCGGGUGUCGAGUGUGAGAUCAAUGCAGCUUUAGACGGCCGUGCUGGCUUUUACUUUGCUCUCCAUUUAGUCUUGAUUGAUUACUAUUAGAUGGGACAGUGCACUUUAAUUCAUGCAGUCAUUGAUCCAUUUUAUUUUGCUCAUCUGGGAUCAGGUCGGCGGGGGGGCAGCAAUCAGACCUCCCCCUCUCCAGCAGCGUUUUCCCGCUCUUUAAGUCCUAUUUGGAGAUGCUCUAACAGAACUGGCUGUACCUGAGAUUCCUUCAUGGAUAAGAGUUCAGGAAAGAUCCUUAUUAUGUGCUGAUUCCUCUUCACUACAGCGCCCCCAUUACUGCACCAGUUUGCUUUUUAGUCUCUCCAUCCAUUUUACCCCAACUCGUGAACAAGAUCCCAAGGUACUUAAACUCAAUCCCCACCUGCCAAGAAUUCCCCGUUUUCCAGCAGAGACCUCAGAUUUAGUGACGCUUUAACCCACAUCAACGCCUGCUGAAGAUGCCAACAGAACCACCUCAUUUGCAAAGAUCAUCUGUGGCCCCCAAACUUGAGACCAUGCACCUUAAGACCCCGUCCAUGAAAACCACAAACAGAAUCAGCGACAGUUCUCAGGACAACAGUCAGAGUGUGUUCACUGCAGGUUGUAAUGCUCCAAAGUUUUCACUAGAGGGCGCCUUUGUGUUACUUGAGAGAAGAUUCAAGGGGCCUGAUGUUCAUCCUCACCCAUCACUGAGGUCUGUGUGUGUGUCUGUGAGUGUGUAUGAGUGUGUGUGUGAGUGUGUGUGUGUGUGUGUGUGAAAUUCCUCCCUGUCUCUGCCUGUCCAUGUAUGUAUAUGAGUGUAAACAAGUGAAUGAGGUCAGAUAUCUGCGGAGGAAGAAGCAACAUUUGUUUUUACAGGGAUCCGGCCAUAUUUAACCAGAGUAAGGUCAGAGAAGUGGUGUUUCUUCUUCAUGCAAGUAGGUCAACUUUUUCCACUGGGAACUUCAAGAACAUGCCACACACACACUAACACACACAAACAUACUAAUUUGAGCCACGAUGAGGAGAAUAUCAGAGGGGUCAGAGGGCAUCUGAUUGGUCUGUUAGCUUUUUAAUACAGUUUACUUAUUUUCUUCAUGAGCGGAGCGGACGUUACCAUAAAUAACCAGUAAUUUGUGAGGCAACAUUGAAACUGAUCGCUUUAAUUUGUUUAGGGAAUAGUUGACAUUUUGGAGAGUAUGUUGACUUCUUAUCUUGAUGGGAAUAGAUGCCACACUUUCUAAAGGAAUUUGUAGCAAGAUAAGCUAGGAGCUACAGUUUGCUCGGCUUAUAUCAUCAGUAACUCCAGAGGAUCGGAGAAACAUCCAGUCUGUGGAGCUCACUGAUUUACAUCGGGCUGCACAGUGGAUUAAAUGGUAAAUGGAUUGUUAAUAUAGUGCUUCCUCCAUGCACUCAUUCACACACUGAUGAGACAGAGAGAGGUUGCUAUGGAAACUGCCAAUCAAUAUUGAUUUAACCCACACAUACACUAUUGGCACAGCACUAGGAGCAGUUCUAUGGUUGUGUUUUGCUAAAGGACACUUCAGCAUGUGGAUGAUUGGACCUGAGAUUUAACUCCUAACCUUUAAGAUGAGAGAUGACAGACUAACACUGAGUUAGAGCCGCAGAGGUUGGCAGAGCUGACUUAAAGUAGGAAGACUCCUGGUUCAAAUACAACACAAUAUGAUACAAUACAAUAUGAUACAAUAUGAUAUGAUACAAUAUGAUACAAUACAAUAUAAUACGAUACAAUAUGAUACAAUACGAUACAACAAUACGAAACGAUACUAUACAACGCAAUCCAAUAUGAUACAAUACAAAAUGAUACAAUAUGAUAUGAUACAAUACGAUGCGACACGAUACCACACAAUAUGAUACAAUACGAUACAAUAAGAAAUGAUACAUUAUGAUGUGAUACAAUACAAUUUGAUAUGAUAGGAUACAACAUGACACAUAACAAUAUGAUACAAUAUAUGAUACGAUACUAUUCGAAACGAUAUGAUACAAUACAAUAUGAUAGGAUACAAUACGAUAUGACAGGAUAUGAUACAAUACAAUAUGAUAGGAUACAAUACGAUAUGACAGGAUACGAUACAAUACAAUAUGAUAGGAUACAAUACGAUAUGACAGGAUACGAUACAAUACGAUAUGAUUUGAUACAAUGUGAUACGAUACAAUACAAUAUGAUUCAAUGCAAUACGACAUGUUACGAUACAAUACAAUACGAUAGGAUACGAUACGAUACGACACAUUACGAUAUGACACAAUAUGAUACUAUUCAAUACAAUAUUAUUUGAUACAAUACGAUAUGAUGCAAUCCAAUUAAAUUUAAUUUAAAUUUAAACGAUAUGAUACUACACAGUCUGAUUCUAUACUCCUUACUGUCCUGUUUGGGAAAUAUGUUUUGACGUAAGUGCUGCGAAUGCUCAACUGCAUUCACAUCAGUGCAAUUAAAUCAAGAAAUGAUUAAAACAACAAUAAAAACCAACAACAAAGAGACCAAGGAGACUUCAAACACACAAGCAACAUAUACUGCAUUUACCAAAAUUACACAAGUGAGGGAAAGAUAGGGUGGUGUCCUAUUAAGGGAGUAUUGUGCCUCUCACUCAGUGACAGCUGGGACCGGCUUCAGCGACCCUGCGACCCCACAACCCCUAGAAGGAAUAAGUGAUAAAUAUAAUGAAUAACUGGAGAGAUUUACAUGUCAUGGUCUGUUUAUUUUAUAUUUACAAAACCUGAAGAUUAGUAAAGCAGAGUUACUGAUUAAUGGUAAAUAAAGCGGCCUACGCUGAUUGAGUUCAGCUAGCUGUUGUACCCUGCUGCUCCUCCUGGCUCCCCUGAAGUAAAACCAUGUGAUCAACACGGCGUGAAUGACCCUCCUCUGCUGCACCUACCUGACAGUUUCUUGGCUGGUUUGACGUUAUACUGAGUUAGCAUUUUCACAGAAAUAUCCGUACCAAGCCAAAUAUUCUUAUUGACAGUACCGUGAUGAUAUGAACUGAAGCUUGUCUCGGUGUUUGAUGGACCGUGCAAUAAAAACAUUUGUCCCACGCUGGUCUCUAAAUGUAGGAUGCGGAUAAUAAAACAGGCUAUUGUGCUUCUUUAUGUCUCUGAUGAGACAUGGUAACACUUCCUGUGGAGGCGGUGAAACACAGAUGCUUCUGCUUCUUUGUCUUCGCUUCAUCAUUUAUACAAACCAUGUGAAAUAAAGAGCUCUGACAGUGUUAUUCAUAUCCGGACGCUCGAGACACAUUUGUUUUUAUUCACUGCUCCAGUCGUACAAAACUGUUUUUAAUCACUCUUGACGUGUCUCAAUAGACGACUGUUUGACGGCCCAUCAGCUCUUUCAUGAAUGACCACCAGCUUUCCUUCUCUUUCUCCUCUUCUCUUCCUGUCAGGCGGUCAUAGAGAAGUUGACCUGGAAAGAUCGUCUACCUGGAUACUUCAUCAACGUUUCCUCGAUCCUCUUUAUGGUCAGUAUGUGUAAAUCAGGUCAGUGCUGCUGAGUUUGUGUGGAUAGAAGCACUCCAAGUUGGAAAACAUGAACAUGACACCGCUAAUGUACAUAAAUGAGUGUGUGACUGACCUACUACAUCGAUCUUUGAAAUAUUAAUACAGCUGACUCUAUUUUCUGUGUCUUCUGCUCCUAGUUCGGCCUGACCUUCUCAGCUGUUUUCGGCGUCAUCAUCUAUCGGAUCACGGUGUCAGCUCUGAUGGCGAUGAGUCCCGACCCCGAGACAAAGUCCAACGUUCGGGUGACGGUGACAGCCACGGCGGUCAUCAUCAACCUGGUCGUCAUUCUGAUCCUGGACGAAAUCUACGGCGCUGUGGCGUUGUGGCUGACUGAGCUGGGUACGACACAUUUAGCUGUCCUUGACAUCUGAUAUUUUUGCACAAGAAAUAUGAAGUUUUAUGCAGUUUGACUUAGUUGGACAUUAUUGCAUCUUAUCUACAUACAGGGUUAGCAUUAUUUUUAGAUUAACUCGUCCAAAUAUUCACAUUUUUUGAACCCUUCUAAUUCGAUAAUUGCUGCCAGAAGUGUCCAGUUAAUCUCUGUUUAUGUUUAUUUGCUUUCAGGCCUGUUGGGAUUGAUCACUUGAUUUUAAUGGUUGUUCACUACACUUUUAAAAUUCUAUUAUUUUGCAUUUUAAAUCAGUUUUUAUCAUGCAUUUUAUUUAUAAAUGCCUUUCAAAGCACUCGAAGUUGCCUCAGAAAAGAAGGCUAAAACAAAACGAUAGUGGAGAUUGACUGAAAGAAAUCAGUCAGACUGAAUAUGUUUGAAAAGAUGAGUUUAAGACAGGAUUUGAAAAUGGACAGAGAGAGUUGAUAUUACGGAUGUCUGGAGGGAGGGAGCUCCAAAGUCGGGAAGAAGAGCUACUAAAGACUCUGAAGGUCAAAUGGGCGGGUGGGACAGUGGGGUAGAGAGAGGGGGCACUGAUGUGAAGGAGAUUGGAGAGGUACGGAGGGGCAAAACAGAUUUAAGAGAUUGCAUGAAUGUGGGGUGUUAAGUGGAGAGGUUGGAGGUAAAAGUAAUAUUAAUUGGUUAAAAAGUAAAAAGUAAUAUGACAUUGAAGUGACAAAUUUGAUACCUGGACUCCCUCCCACAGGCUGCAGGUAAAACCACUGCUCCAAUUAUUUAGGCCUCAUUGCAUACAACAUUUCCAUCCAUUUGAUUUAAUUAGAUUUAACAUGAACAGGCCAAGAAAUUUGAUGUGCUACAUAUUUGUCAGUCAAAUGUAAAUGAAACAAUUAAGAAUUUGAUUUAAAGGGGCGCGCAGAUGGCCAAGCAGGUAAGCGCACCUCAUGUAUGGGAAACAUGGUUCAUGUAGUGGUUGUGGGUUCGAGUCCGGCUCCGACCAUUCACCUCAUUUCAUUCUCAUUUCACCUUGUACCAUUAAUAAAAGGCAAAAAUCACCCCCCAAAGUACUUCAAAAAUUAGAUUAAUACAAUAAAACCAAUAAACCCAAUAUGUUCAGAAUGAAAAAUAAAGAUUUAUGUCAUCAUCAUUGAUAACUCCAAACUGUGUUCCACUCUUGGUCGAUCCUCAACUCAUCAUAUUCGACCUAUAUUCAUACAUUUAACUGAUUAAAUUGAAUUGUUUUGAGAACAACAGAUUAAAUAAAUAAAUUCUAAAAAAUUGAAUAAUUUAAAUAAAAUCAAAUAGAUGUAAAAACUUUUAAAUAAACUAUGCCAUAAUUCAUUUUUCUUAAUGUAGCUUUGCUUUAAAACUCAGGAAAUCUCCUUCAUCUCACAAAGACGACCCUGGUAAUGAAUUGAUCGAAUAAAUCAGACCUAAUCUCACAAAUUUGCAUCUUAAAUCUCAGAAUAUCACUUUUUUAAAAUAUAUAUUGCCUUUGCCUCUCCAUCACCUCCAUCAUCUCCUCAUAAUGAACAUAAGUAUUUUUUUUUUAUCCGUGAAGCGCAUUUCUUAAACUGUACCGAGAUAAAUUCUGAUCCAGACGCUCAAAUAUCAUCAUUCAGCGUCUGUGAGUGUGAGAGACCGGGAGAGUGUGUCUGCCGCCUCUUGGAGAACCAUUUGAUGAAACUUUGAUGUUUUCAUGCUCCAGUCAUCCCAUCAGUCAUCCCAGGAGGUUUCUAUCGCAUUAACAUUCAUAUUCAAACCCUCAGAAAUAGAGGAGAAGAAUUAAAAAAAAGAGAAAAGUGUGAGAAAAAAGGAAGGAGGGAGUGCGGAUUUGCCAUGUGAGAGGUGCGUUUUAACCUACUUCCAGCACAGUGAUUAUGUUAGGAUUCCAGUUCAACAGUCAGACUAAAGGAAACCCUGAACAGACUCCAGAGUUUUCAGGUUAUUUUCACAAGUUGAAAACUCAGCCUGGAAAACUCUGUAAACAAAAUGUUUGUGUGAUUUUAUAUCGUUUGUGAUAAAACUCGACUUCUGCCGAGUGUUUCUGACGGUUUCUCUGUAUCUUUAUUUUCAGAAAUCCCUAAAACAGAGACGAACUUUGAGGAGCGCCUCAUCCUGAAAGCCUUCCUGCUCAAGUUUAUGAACGCGUACGCGCCGAUCUUUUAUGUGGCUUUCUUUAAAGGACGGUAAGAAAAAAAACACCUGAUUUCCAAACACAUUAUUAGAGUUACUCAGUAUAUAUUUAAAAAGAGGAUUUUUUUCCUUUAAAGUUUGUUAAAAAUCACUGAUAGUGCUUUCUUUGGAUGCAUUAAUCAUGUUUCCACUUCACCUGCAGUAAACUUUCUGCCAAACACAAAAUCUGCUCAGGAUCCCUGUGUUUUUUUUUUUUUGCAGGUUUGCUGGUCGACCGGGGAAUUACGUGUAUGUUUUCAACGGCUAUCGGAUGGAAGAGGUUUGUUAUCCAACUUUGUGAUUUCUACGCCUUAAGUUUGAUUUGCAUUACAGCAGUUUUGUGCAAGGUAUAAACUCAAGAUGAGAUGCAAAGUUACAAACAUUUAACACGACAUUUUAAGCUCCAAAUAAAAUAGUUAGAGGCCUUGGAUGUAGUUUUGAUCUGGGAUUACUCUACUUGUGAUGCCUGAAGUGUUAAAGUUAAAGAAAGAAAAAGGAGAAUAAGAAUUAAAGACAUGUGUAAAUGAAGUUUGUGUCUCCUCCUCUCCUCAGUGUGCACCAGGAGGCUGCCUUAUCGAGCUCUGCAUUCAGCUCAGCAUCAUCAUGUUGGGGAAACAGCUGAUCCAGAACAACAUCUUCGAGAUCGGCAUCCCGUAAGUGGACUGAGAUUGUUCUUAUUCUUAUUUUCAUAGCUGUGACUGGCUGCUUCACAUCCUCAAAGAACCAGGUGUGUCCCAUAGGGUUGGGAAUUGUUAGGAAUUUAGCAAUUCUGAUUCCGUUAUUGAUGCUGCUUAUCGAUACAGUUCCUUAUCGAUUCUCAUUGAGUGAUAAAUAGGAUACUCCAAAUGGGUUUGUUUGCACUGACUCUUUAAUUUUGUCACCUUUGGACAGAAGAUAUGGCAAAUCCGUGCAAUAAUAAUUAGCUAUGUGACCUACUGUUUGACCACAAAUCUUAUCUUCGCCUUUGUAAUUUUACUCUGCUGCCAAAGGGGCUGCCAAAGUUGCGUGAGAGCAACCCACUGCAGCCUCUGCGCUAGCAUGACUCUGACAGUUAUCGUCAUCUAAAUGUAAUUUAAGGAGAUGUGGAGUAUUUAUAUAGUGAAAGGGGGUUAACAUCCCUCUGAGCAUUUUUUGGUCUAAAAGAGGUCUAAUAGACGUCUACAAGGUUAUCGAUUCUCAUCCCUAGUGUCCCAACAGAUGAGAAGAAUCCAUCCUGAAGGUGCGGCCCCGCCCCCUUUUGGGUGAUCUGAUUUGAUUGGCUGAAAACAUUUAAAAAUCAGAUUUAUGGUAGGAUGUGAGAGCUCUGAGAGAGGGAUGAGAAAAUGUUAUUUUACUCUUGGCAUCUUUGGUGUCAGAGUCACUUUAUGAAUCAGAAGAAUAUGAAAUCUAAACAGGGAAUCACAGUCCAGGUUGCAGUAAGGAGUCUUUCCUCCCCACAGCAGAGACAGAUCACUGGAAGAAGAGGUCCAUACUGACUCACAGAGUCCUUAGAGAUCUAGGUCUUGUCCAUCCUGAGACCAUCUCUACUGUAAAUUGUAAAUCUUCUUCGCUCUUAUCUAAACCUUCAUCUGCUCACAGUCGCUCUCAACACUCCCUCUCCUCUUUUUGUCCUAAAAACACUCGUCCGUCUUCGCUCAGCGGCUCCUCAUCUUGUGUAACAGCUCGGGUCCUAAAGGUCGAGUUCAUCCCUGUUUAUACGAGCUGUCACACAACAGAGGGGCUUCUUCUUCUGACUCUCACUGCUGCUGUAAGCACAGCUUUGACCCCUGACCUGUCAGGGGGGAUUCUCAUCAAAUACAGCAGGGUCUCCAGGAUGUCCUGAGGGAUCAGCGAGUCACGGCUCAUACCAUCACAUCAUCUACAUACCUCCUGCUUCCACACCUCAGAGUCGACCAUUAAAACCUGAAGACUUUAGAUUUAACGGUCGGGCAGUUUAUGAGGAAUUCCUGGAGCUGCUGCUGAGGGGGGGCGGUGCAGCAGAGUCCCCCUGAGACUGACCCGUCCAUUAAACUGGACCAGAUUCAGAGUGGACCUGACCCACUUCAUGUCAAUCCAGAGUAGAUAAAUUCGCCUCCAGAAAGAAUAACAUGGACUCGAGUUAUUAAGUAAGUUUUUUUUUGUGGGAACGUUCUGGACUGUUUUAUUUAUGGGAUGAUAAAUUAGAAGAAAAGCCUUCAAAUCGUCUCUCAUGGUCUGUUUGUGUCCUGAAGACGUCUGAGUCUUAAUGUGCAUGUCCUCACGGUCUGUGGAGACUUCACAGCGGCGUCCUGAACCGGUGACUGGCACUCAGCGUCACCGCCUGUUGAAUUAUAGAGGAAGGGUGUGUUUUAGCUCAGAUUUGGAGGAGCCCUCAGGACAGGAGAGCCCUGUCGACUCAUUGUGACGCGUUGAGGUUGGAAAUAGGAACUUUGAAGCGUGCAGCCCCAGAACUGGGUCACAGUUAGUGUGUACAAGGGAUUGUAGCGGCCUCCCCGGGGCGCACAGAGGGAGAGUUACUGCGUGAGGUGAAAAGGACAGGUGCAUAAACAAAUAAAGUGAGUUUAAUGUUUUUGGAAACAGAAAUGAUGAAUCUGAGAGUGAGAGAAACAAAUAAGUGAAGUUACAGUCCUCUAAAAAACUCAUGAGCAGCAGGUCCAAACUUUAACACAAACAUGUCGAAAGGUGAACGACUUUGUUGGUGUGUCUCUCUGCUCAGCCCUCCAUCACAGCCACAUUACCCCGAACUCUUCUCAUUCCCAGGUCUGCAAAUCUUAAGGGUUCAUUUUCAUUCAUAAACUUUUCAUGAUGUAUAAAGACAUAACCAGGCACCGAGGCGACAUCAGUCUGACAUUUGACAUUUCCUUUUUGUUGUUGUGAUUACUGUUUAAAACUCCACAUAAAUUUGUUUGGCGAUACUUUAGAGGGCAAAGUUGGUGGGACAGUUUAACAUAUUGGUAACUAAAAUCUGCAGAAGUCCAGCUCACUCAAUGUCCUUCAAAUGGUUCAAUCAGAGUGUAGAGAUGUUCAGCCGAACAACUCACGACUAUCACUCACUCACCUUCUUCAGCGUAUCAGACAAAGGGCGGAAAUGCCCUUUACACAGAGGAAGAGCAAGUAAUUUAAAAACCCUGAAAUAAAUCACCUUUCAGUUACUUCUUUUUCAUCUUUUUAAAUGGAUUUUUGGGCUCUAAUUAAAGAGGACAGGACAGAAGAAAGCACAAGAGCGGGGAUUAACACGCAGCUAAAAAGCCACAGGCUGCGUAACCCCCCCUGUACGUGAUGCACGCUCAGACUGCGAGGCUAGUAGAGGUCCCCUCAGUUAUGGUGUAGGUACCAGAUGUGUUCAAGCUGCCAGAUGCGAUAUUUUUUUUCGCCUCUGAUUGGCUAGAAAAGCUGGAAACGUCAUCACACACUCAAGCCAAACAUAGGCUGUCAGCUCUGUACGUCCAACAGAACAUUACAGAACAUUAUCGCACUUCUGAAUAUCCUGACCCUAACCCUCAUCCCAACCCAACUGACAAUGACGCUUCACAGCCAUAAGGAAUAACCAAUCGGAGUCCAGCACUUCUAGCCAAUCAGAGGCGAAGGAGGGCGGGACCUUCUCUUACCAUCCUACAAAAAAAUAAAAUUCGCACCCCGAGCCGAUCUGGCAUCCCAAACACAUCUGGUACCUGCAACAGUACAGAAAUAUAUAAACCGAUGUGUUCUGGAGGCUGAAGUCGUAGAAAACCGCUUAUAGAAGGUCAGAGAGUCGCAUUAUAAGCUAGUUUUUCUAUUUCAAUUAAAGUAAAGUGAAUUAAAUCUUCAGUCCUGUUAAUGUAAAAUAUAUUUAAAGUUGUGUUAAGUGUUUUCACCUCUAGGGGGCGUGAACACACUGAAACAGAUUCACAAAACUACUCCUGAGAGAUACUAUCAAAACCAAACGUUUACAUGCUUCUCAGUGGAAAAUCACAUCCAGGCUGAAUCAGGUGAUGAAGAGAAACACGUGACAGCUGCGUAAACUGAAGAGUAAAAUGCAGGUUGAAAAUAAAAACAAAUACGAUGAUGAUGAUGAGGUAUUUUCAUGAACUGGCUCGUCGCCCAGCUGGAAGCCUGGUCACACUGUUUAGGGAUGCUUUGCAUUUUUCACAGGAUACAAACCUCACGGUGAAACUAUGUUGUUGCUACAACAAGAGGAAGAGGGAACAAGAGGCGACGGAGGCAGAGACAGAUGUUAAACAGAAUCUGAGAGUGUCCUGACCGACAUCUGGGACCUUUAACAUCUUCAGACCAACGCCGCCGACAUGACAGCGUGGAGCAUGAAUGUGUGAAUUUGGGCACAUCCACUUUUAAUGACCGUGUGAAUGAUUCAAGAGGAGUAAACAUUUGCGUUCACCGCCUUCUUGAAUGUUUGCAAAUCUCCAGUGUGUGUGUGAUAACCGGAUAAAUAAUGCAGUCGAACAUUCAGCCGCUCUGAUGAGAGUUUUCUGCUCAGAGUACAUUCAGUCACAUGCACAACCACAUGUAAGUGCAAUCGUCAUGUAUGGUAUAAAGACUCAUUCUGUAGGUAUAGCAGCACAUGUGAGGACUGCAGUUAGAAAAACACACGUAUAAAAACACGGCUGGCAGGCUGAGCCCCCCUGCUGUUUUUUUCCCAGCAGCACUUUUGAUGCCAGGCUACUUUCUUUGGGAGCAUCUGGGUUUCUUUGAGCACCGUCAGCUCCUGGCUCCUUACAAUUAGUUAAACGUUCAGGGUUACUGUACAUGUUUGAAUGCUGGCUGGUGUGUUUCACAAGCAGAGACUCGGUCAGGGUUUUAUUGUUCCAGAGAAAGUGUCUGAGUUUGCUUCUCAUGCACCACCACCACCGCAGCAGCAGCAUGUUUAUUACCUUUAAGGUAGGGCUGGGCUAAGGCUGCAUGAUACUGGAAUAAACUAACAAUGCAAUUAUCUGUGAUAUACACUCACCGGCCACUUUAUUAGGUACACCAUGCUAGUAACGGGUUGGACCCCCUUUUGCCUUCAGAAAUGCCUCAAUUCUUCGUGGCAUAGAUUCAACAAGGUGCUGGAAGCAUUCCUCAGAGAGCUUGGUCCAUAUUGACAUGAUGGCAUCACACAGUUGCCGCAGAUUUGUCGGCUGCACAUCCAUGAUGCGAAUCUCCCGUUCCACCACAUCCCAAAGAUGCUCUAUUGGAUUGAGAUCUGGUGACUGUGGAGGCCAUUUGAGUACAGUGAACUCAUUGUCAUGUUCAAGAAACCAGUCUGAGAUGAUUCCAGCUUUAUGACAUGGCGCAUUAUCCUGCUGAAAGUAGCCAUCAGAAGUUGGGUACAUUGUGGUCAUAAAGGGAUGGACAUGGUCAGCAACAAUACUCAGGUAGGCUGUGGCGUUGCAACGAUGCUCGAUUGGUACCAAGGGGCCCAAAGAGUGCCAAGAAAAUAUUCCCCACACCAUGACACCACCACCACCAGCCUGAACCGUUGAUACAAGGCAGGAUGGAUCCAUGCUUUCAUGUUGUUGACGCCAAAUUCUGACCCUACCAUCCGAAUGUCGCAGCAGAAAUCGAGACUCAUCAGACCAGGCAACGUUUUUCCAAUCUUCUAUUGUCCAAUUUCGAUGAGCUUGUGCAAAUUGUAGCCUCUGUUUCCUGUUCUUAGCUGAAAGGAGUGGCACCCGGCGUGGUCUUCUGCUGCUGUAGCCCAUCUGCCUCAAAGUUCGACGUACUGUGCGUUCAGAGAUGCUCUUCUGCCUACCUUGGUUGUAACGGGUGGUUAUUUGAGUCACUGUUGCCUUUCUAUCAGCUCGAACCAGUCUGGCCAUUCUCCUCUGACCUCUGGCAUCAACAAGGCAUUUCCGCCCACAGAACUGCCGCUCACUGGAUAUUUUUUCUUUUUCGGACCAUUCUCUGUAAACCCUAGAGAUGGUUGUGCGUGAAAAUCCCAGUAGAUCAGCAGUUUCUGAAAUACUCAGACCAGCCCUUCUGGCACCAACAACCAUGCCACGUUCAAAGUCACUCAAAUCACCUUUCUUCCCCAUACUGAUGCUCGGUUUGAACUGCAGGAGAUUGUCUUGACCAUGUCUACAUGCCUAAAUGCACUAAGUUGCCGCCAUGUGAUUGGCUGAUUAGAAAUUAAGUGUUAACGAGCAGUUGGACAGGUGUACCUAAUGCAAUUAUCUGUGAUAUAUAUUACGAUAUUAAAAAAUACAGAAAUUUUCACCAGAUUUAUGCUGAAAUCUUGAGGACAGUUAACCUGCACUGAUCUUACCUCUUUUUGUGAAUGUUAGUAGAGUGGCUUCUGUGAUAUUUUUAGCUUUUAUUCUGCUGGGACGUUAUUGUGGCAACAGAUGACAGGCACUGCUGUCGACAUCAUCCUUCUUCUUAAUUCCAGAUAACUGACUUUCCUUUUCUUUUUGGCAACAAGUCUUCAUUUUCGGUGGUUUUCUCUUGUUAGUUGCUCAGUUUGCAAUCAUUGUUGUUGUUACCAGUGUUGUGCCGAGAAACACAUGUCUGCAGAGAAUUGCAUACACCUUGCAAAAUGUGCACCGCUUUUAGUGGAGUGGUCUAUGGAAAUAUACAAUUUAAAAUCCAUGCAAUUCCUUAUUUGUUGGGCUAAACAGUGAUGAGUAAUGUUCCGAAAGUAAUACUCAGUAGACAUGCGUUUCUCGGCACAACACCGCCAGCGCCAGCAACUCACUCCAUGUGCAGGCCAUGUGUAGGGGCGUGGUUUCCUCCUCUCUGAUUUUGAUUGACAGCUGGCAGGGUAGUCUGAUUGGCAACUAAGUCAAGAACGAAUGUGAUUGGUUGAAUGUGACAUGGAGUGUUUCUCAGUCAGCUGCACUUGAAAUUAGAUGAGUUAAUUCGCCUCUGACAUCACAGGCUCUGCUAUGUGACUAUUGCGCAAACGUACAAAUCAAUAUCACGAUAUAUUGAGCAGUUCACCUCAAUAACAAUAAAUGGACGAUAACUACUCCACAAGCUGCUCACCCCCUCCCACAUUAACUUUGUCUACUUCAGCCGCUACAUCUUUCUCUCCGUCCUCCAUCUCCUCACCUGUCUUUCCCUCUUUGUUACAGACUGGAUGGGGUGGAGUCACGUCUCUGUCAUAGGACAGCGUUUUAAAGGGACAUGAGACCAUAGCCUACCUACACACAUCCAAAACCAACUUUUAUUUGUUUAUGUUUUUGACAUUGAAUAUAUUAACAUGGGCAAAAGAUGUUGGUUAUUGCCAUAAAUUUUGGUAUUGGUUAAUUUUCGGUUUACCGCCCACUCCUACUUAAAGGCUCACCCCCAUAGAGUUUGACAUUCAGCCUCAAGAUACAGUGAAGGUGUCAAAUACAGAGUUUUCCUUAUGAAGGUGUUCAAUCAUUCGGGCCAAUUAAGGGUCAGCCAAUUCAGAAUCCACCUGAAACAUGUUUUUGGCCGUGAUAACGGAGUAUUUUAUAGUAAUGUGUUUGUAAUAGUCUACAUGUUUUUCUCGUUUCCUACAAUCACCUUCUCCUCCGCCUCUCCCUCCAUCCUGACAGGAAGUUGAAGAAGUUGGUGCGUGCCAUAAAGGAUAAAGGAUCGGCACAGACGGAGGUCGAGGACGAGAGCCCCCCCAAACAGUGGAACCUGGACUACGAUCUGGCCCCGUUCGAAGGCCUCACGCCUGAGUACAUGGAGAUGAGUGAGUCUGAGUGCACACACACACACACACACACACACACACACACACACACACACACACACACACACACACACACACACACACACGCAGAGCACAGUCGUUUAGGCACCAGCGCUGUCAAACGGAUCGUCCUGUACAUUACUGAGGGUUGUUAUGUAAUCAGCAGGAAUGAGACUCCUGAUUGUUUCCUGUUUACUCCCAACACUUUCACUUGAUUUCAUGUUGCCAUGACUACAGUGUUUUUUUCCCCGACAUCAUUCACAAGACCUUUGUUUCAGCUUUUACUAUGCUGCUCUCUCCUGAACCUUAAACUCGUGUAUUUUCAGCCACGAUCGGGUCAUAAAAACACUCUUUAGUGAUUCGUUCACACACAUUAAAUUCAAAAUAAAAGAUUUAGAUUCAUGUCCAUCACAAACUAAAGCAAACAAACACCAGAGCUGCAGUCUCAGAUUAAAGCCUCUCUGUUUCAUGCACGAUUUAUAGCAGUUGUGUUCCAAAACUACUAUGGCGGGUAUUUGACCUUAAAAGGCCAUAAAGUAGUUGAUAAGUGACAUCUUAUUUUGAAAGGCUUUCGGUUGUGAUUAUCGUAAUGUUUCUGCUGCCUCUAAACAGGCUACUGUAGAUGUCAGCCUGGAGGAAGCAGACAGAGCCAAAAUAAACAUUUCUGAAUGAGGUCUGUAAUAAAAUCUGAUUUCAUCAGCUAUGGAAAAUCAUGAGGUUUAUUUACUUUAAUAAUAUAGGAACAAAUUAUCAGUGCUUCAGUUUAAAGCUCCUAUCAGGAGAGCGCAGACCUCCGCCAAGCAGCUCAUGUCCCCCCUUAUAUUGUGAUUCACACUGAAACUUUUACUGUUACGUGUCUUUUAUUAACAUUUAUUUGUGUUUAAACUGGUAUGUUCAUUGUUCAUAAUGUUCCUAAAACAAGAAAUGCCCUGACUGGGAUUCAAACCCAGGACCUUCUGGUUGUGAGGCCACAGUGCUAACAACUACACCACUGUGCCGCCCAUUGGUUAUCUUUCAGCAUUGAAAAUUCUAACAACACCCUUAUUUUUGUGUGUUCUGGAUCACAGUAUCCAGAAUUUUGUCUUGAUCACCACCAAAAUGUAAUGGGAUCCUUCUGGGGCUGAGACGCACCUCUGGUGAAAAUUUCAGGUCAAUCCGUCUGUAACUUUCUCCGUAGGUUGCUAACAGACAAACAAACAAACAAACAAAUCAUCUCAGUUCGAACACCAAGAAAUAAGUCAACAUUCAUUUACUUACUGCAAACUUGAAUAAUCCAAGCAGCAAUAAAAACGACAAAAAACUACUGCUGCAGCGUUACGUAAAAUUCAAUCAGUAACUUAUCAAAAAUCCAGUCCUAUAAGCAAAGACUUUUACUUUACUUAUAGAGUUUUUUUUUACUUUUUUGACGGAAUAAUCCUUUAAAUGUGAUAAAAUGUUCUCAUGAUUGCAGGAACUUAUCACAUGUUAAAUCAAAUACAUACAUACAUUAAACUUCUGUCAUCCACUUGGAGAAGAAAACAUCUACAUUAUUAUUUCUACACCUCUGUAUCGGUCAAUACAAACCAUAUGUGAAGACCUGGCAGUCUAUACUGUGGAUCUAUAAUCUGUCUUUGGCAAAAACAAAGUGUGGAGUAAAAACUGUAAAUCAGGUGUAAACCAGACGUUUGUUAAAUUUCAUCCUGAUCGAGUCCGACAGGCAAAGAGGAGAUGGAAAAGGAUGUGAGGGAAAACUCUUUUAUCUGCGUCAGUUUGUUAAAACACAAAGUCAUCAUUCAGGUCAUUCACAGGUUAAAUCCAGAGACAGUAAUGUGCUCAUAAUGACCGUCUGUGAGGGAGAAGCUACUCUGUGUAUCUGCUUAAGAGCUUCAGGUGUUGGUUUUAUGACUGAGAGACACAGACGAGCAAAAGUUUUUAUAUUUAGAAACAGUUAAUGUUGUUAAAUUUAUCAGAGAAACAUCAGAGCAGAGUGAAGAAAGUUUCCUUGAGUUUGGUCGGUGCUGCGGUUCGAUAAUUCGGUUGUGGUUUGAAGAGAGGACGGGGGAGGAAAAGGCAGAAGGAGUCUGAGCUGGUGUGGCUGCAGGGCACAGAGAGGAAUCUCAGAAAUGUCGGAGCUCUACCUGCAAACACUCACUCUCACACAGCUGUAAUAUGUGUGUGAAUGUGUGAACUUGUAUAUAUCUCCGUGUGUGUCCAAAAAUGUCUCGUAUUUGUGAGACCUGGUGCUCAAGUUAAGGCGUGUGAUUCCUCUUUGUGUGUGCCUGGACCGGCCUCGAACCCGUCAACCUCGGCUCGGGUGGAAGGAGAGGUUAUUCUAAGCUUGCCCUCUAGCGCUCGCUGCUCCGCUGUCGUAUUUUCUUCCUUGCCGCUCUUUGUCUCAGCGUAGCGUCCCGAGGUGAAGCCGUCAGUCUCUGGCUCGCUGGAAAUCCCCGUUCCCACACUGCUAAGGUUCCACAUCCGAGCCGCGUCUCAGCCAAAGUCAGGCCGGCUGACUCGUCUUCCUCAAGUUUCACAUUCUGUGAAAGCAGGUGGAUGUUGUUUUGAUCCUUUGAUUUAUCAUCAAGGUUUCAAUAUUGAUUGUUUCAACAAACUUGCGUUUUUACAGCUUAUCAACUGAGCUGGAAUCAGAAUGAGACGGGAGUAUGACCAGAUUAUGCUCAAUCUGGGUGAAAAUGACUCAGAUUAACACCACUGCCAGAGAAGUUUAUUACUGCUGCAGUUCAUUCACACAGCAUUUAGACAUGUUUACGUGUGAAAAACUUCUUAAACCGAUUAAAACUUUGAGGGAUUGGAAAAUCUGAAUCCACUGUUUAUACAGGCGCAAAAUCAAAUAACCCGAUCAUAACAUGCGUAUACAUGUAAUAAGCUUUAUUCAGAUUAGAAGUAUUUGGACAUAUGCAGAGUUGUAUUUUUUUCUGUCAGUAAAUACAGAGGUGGUUCACUUCACCCGGUUUACCCCCAACUUCCACCACAUCCAGAAUGGUGGUGAUUUUUGCCGUCUGCCAAUUCCUGUCAGAUUCAUUUGUGAGGCAAAUUUCGUGGCAGAUUACGGACAGCAGAUAUUGCAAGAACUCACGAGAACCUGCAAAUUCACAUGCAAUUGCACCAUGACGGGUUGUCUCUGUAAAGACAGCCACAUAACCAUAUAAGCAGUAGAUUGUGUCCUUCCAGAGGAGGAAAUCUACUUCUAGACUUCUAGAAUCAGUAUCUUUUCAUCCAUGGUGCCAUCGGGGUGAAAUGAUGUCUGAAAACCUUUCACUUGUUCGUCCCCGCCCAUUUGCAUGGCGUGAGAAAUUGACACAUUAUCUUGAAUGGAUGUAGCCAUUCCGGAUGUGGUGGAAAUUGGGGGCUAGGAUUUUUCCCUCCACUCAGAGUGGACCUGAUCCAAUUUCUAAUGGCGGUUGUAUGCUACUAGCGUAUGUGAUCGUCAAGCGGGCCCAGCAGCACAUACUGAUCCUGCGUUACAUGAAGAGGCUGUAUCCUGCAGGAAAGUUGUCAGACACCGACCAGUUGCUCUUGGAUUCCGCCAAGUUCAUGUUUUGUAACAAAUGGCGGAAAUGUGUUAUGUUGACAUUUGGCACACAUGCGCUGUCAGGUUAGUUUUGCCAGAACAAGAAUUUACAUGGACGCGUUUCGGAACAACGAUCGGCAUAAACCACCCCUCUCCAUCAGAAUACAAUUUCUUUCCCAUUGAGCCGAAUUGGAUCAGAAUCUUCCGAUUGACGUGUUUACAUUUUGCAUUUUUAUUCCGAUCGGGUCUUUAUCCGAUUAUUUGUUCCCAUGUAAAUACAACUACUGAGACCUUCAGUCUGUGUUAGGGACAGAGUCAUAGGAGUCACAACUUCACAGAUGAUGGCAGGAGCCUCACAGCGUAAUUUGGCUGCAGAGAAAGCAGGUUGGGAUGAUGUUAGCACUACAUUAAAUAAUUAUUAUGUAGGUUCAACUUUAAGACAUUUGUUGCCUUGAAAUAUAUGUAAAAAGUAGGAUUGUAGCAUAUAAGAAGUCUCACACUCUUUAUCUGACACCUACGUUUGUGAUCAGCAGUUUGAAACACGCCACCAUGUGUCUCAAUGUUUAGCUGAACCAUCAACAUCCCAUCCUGGCUAGUUAACACCUGAGCCUUUCUGGUGAUGCUCCUUUCAUACCAUAUCAUGAUGAUCACCUGUUGGACGAUCCAGAGAGCAGUUUUUGGCGGAGUCCUCAUUUUUCCCAGACUUUUCUCAACCCUGUCCAGACUUUUUUGGAAUGUGUUGCUGAAUCAAAUUCAAAAUGAGUGAAUAUUUUCAAGAAAACAAUGAAUUUUUUCCACUUGGACAUGAAAUAUCUUUUGAAAAUGAUAAGUGAAUCCUUGUAUUCUGUUUUUGUACUUUUCACACAAAACUUCCCUGGAGCGUUUAGUUGCUAACACUCAGGAUUGUGAAUUCUUUCUGUAAUGAAGACAUGAUGUCUUUUUGAAGCGUGCACUGAAUCACGAAGAUGUUUCUCACUUUAUGAGUUGGUGAGUGGGCUUCAUAUCGUUCACACAUGAUCAGUUGGCGCAAUCCUUUUGCAAAUCAGGCGUUUUGUAGCUGCUGAUCAUCCUGCUCUGAGGCAAAUUAGAUUAAGAAGACUUUUUGUUUAACGAUGAUUUUUAAAAUUGUGUCUUUUGCCUUUAGGAAAAAAUAUCAUGUUCGUUGUGUAAAAGGUUUCCUGCAGGUCCUUAAAAGGUCUUAAAAAGUCUUGAACUUGAGUUCACAAACUGUGCAGGGAUCAGUUGCUCUGCAUCAUAACUUAUUGAUCAAAAUCUCAGUCCCUUAUUCAGAGUGUUUCGAGUUGAAGACAAGCUUCCUUUUCAGUCAGGGGAUUCACUUAAUUUCUUCUAGUUAAAAUGAAUGUACCUGUGCAGAUAAUCCCACACCAACACCUUGAUUCUCCCUGCAGCUCACCUCUGACCUUUUCAUGGUCCGUGUUUAAGACCUCUCCAAGCUGGGACGUGUCUUAUAUUGCUCCUGGUCUUGCAGCUGUUGAACUCCUAUUAAAGUUGGUCGUAGGAGGUAAAGCAGCUGUAAUCUGUCUGUAUUUAUCAUUUUAAUGUGUUGUGCAAUAAAUUCCCACAACGUUUGAAAUCAAAACUCCUGACUGUUUUGUCUCUCUGUGUGUAUUUGCUUAGUGUUUGUCUCUGUGUGUUAUGCAUAUCAGUCCGAUAACUCAUAGUCCAGCGUGCUGCAUAAUCAUAAAAAAGUCCCCCGUUCAGACGUUGAGGAGGGGAGUUUGACCUUAAAAGGCAUCAUCUGAACCGCAGGGAGAGCUUGGACAGACAGUGUGACUCCUGUCCAGAGAGAUGACCGUUCACAGCAGUCAAUCUCACGGCUCCUCAGACACACUCUGAAAUAUACGACUCGAACCCACACGCUUUGAUUUCUUUUCCAAAUGUUGACACUUUCACGUUUUCUGCCUCAUUUUCCAGCAACUUCCAUAUAAUCGCAGAUAUCUUAAGACCUUUUUUUCCAAGAGUCAUGAACUAAUGCAAAAAAAAUUCGAAUGGGAGUCACUUUACACUUCGACUGUCACCACUCUCUAAUGGUUUGUUGAUGUAGAAGUAAAUGUGGCCCUUUUUCUCUAACAUAAAGUGACUUGAGAAAACACGGCAAAGCAGCGUGUUUUUAUGGAAACUCAAUACAAGCGAUCCUGACGUGAUUAUCUUAUCUGAACGCUCAAGAGACGGCAAUUUUUCACACCUACCCCCCAUAAGGGACUUCAUUAUAAUGAUAUAGUGUCAAUUCCCAACAAGAUGUUUAACGAAGAAAAGCUGGUCUAGACCAGACUCUAUUGACCCAGAGUAAAGAUCUUGUAGGAUCAGAUCCACUCCAAUCCUGUCUUCAACCACGAGUGAAACACUUACCCCCAAUUUCCACCCUAUCUGGAACGGCUCCGAUCUGUUACGGCGGCGAUUUUCGCUGUCUGCCAAUUCCUACCAUAUUCGUUUGUGAGGCGAAUUUUGAGGUGGAUUACAAACAGAGGGAAUCACAAGACCUUACAAGAACCCGCGGAUUCACAUGCAAUUGUGCGAUAAUGAGUUGUCGCUAUAAAGACAACCACAUAACCAUAUAAGCAGUAGAUUAUGUCCUUCCAGUGGAGGAAAUCUACUUCUAGACUUCUAGAAUCAGCAUCUCCUCCCCAUGGUGUCAUCAGGGUGUUUGCAUGGUGUGAAAUAUGAUCCGCCUGAAACACGUGUUUUAAUUUGAAAAGAAGCCGGCUGUUUUAUUUUGUGUCUGUGCCGACUUCCUUGAAUUAAUGCAGCAUGCUCUGCGUCCAGAAAAAGUAGAACCCUUGCGAUCGGCUGUGGAGUCCGCUGAACCGCAUUGGAACGUAGAGACACGUUAUCUUGAAUGGUUACGAUCAGCUGUGAUCGGCAGAUACGGCCUUUUCGCAGUCAUUUCGGAUGAAAUUGGGGGUCAGUUUCAGUGGAGAGGAAUAAAGUUCUUCAACAGGCAGAAACCUCAAGCAGAACCAGACUGAUGUUAGACAGUCAUCUACUGCUGCUAAAUUAAGUUCAGAGGGAGAUGAAUUAAGAAAGAGAUGGACAGAGUUGAGAUCGAUGCACCUUUGCAGCAGCGAUCCAGAGGAACCUCCAGCAUGACGGAGCUCAGGGACUCCCAGAAAAGACUGGAUUAGUGACUCUAAAGGGACACGAUGGUUCAAAGUUAACGACACAGACAGAAAGAGGGUGAAGAAGAAGGGAAGGUGCUCAGUGUGUCCGUACCUGAACCCCUAACCCUAACCCUAACCUACAGCAGCAGAACUAAGAGCUGUUUCAAGCCUAAACCAGCUCUAACUGUGAACUUUAUCAAAGAGGAAAGUCUUGAGCCCAUUUUUAGGUAGAGAGGGUGUCUGCCCUCCACACCUGGACCGGUAGAUGAUUCCAGAGGAGAAAGGCUUGAUAACUGAAAGCUCUGCCAUCCAGACCACUUCUCAAGACUUGAGGUAUAAUGAGCAGGCCUGCAUCACAGGGAUCGUAAUGUUCUGGACGUGUAAUAGAGAACUACGAGCUCUUUUAGACACGAUAAUCAUGGCUGUCUUUAGACAACGAGUGUCUUUUUUGGUGAGUAGAACUGCUCUUUCUUUCUCUCUCUCUAAGAGAUAAACAUCUCUCUAGAUAUCGAACAGUUUUUCCAGCGGUUUCAAAAUACCCUAAUUAUGACAUACUUUGGGUUAAAUAUAGACAAAUAAUACAGUAAGAACCAAAUAUAGUCACAUUUCUUUACUCUGCCGUGAGGCAACAACUGAGAGAGAGGAAGAGAGAGAGAAGAUAUUCUGUUAUGUUUUCAGCAGGACAGCAAGACUCUUCACAUUUUGAAAAUCAUGGUAAAAACACGAUAUAAACAUGAGUGUAAGAUCAAACUACAGCUAGCAUUUUUCAGGACACAGUGCCCCGCAGUGUGACAGUGAAGUUCUCUUUGUCAGGACUUAGUCUGACUUCAUCCGUCAGCAAACACUCAUUUUCCACCAACACUUGAGUGUCAUCAGCGUAACAAGAUUCUUAAACAUUAUUUUCUUUGUUAAAGACCCCGGCGAUAAAGAUUACGGGAAAUGUGGUCUUUAUUUGAAGACGUUCAAAAGUCGGUACAACUAAUGAUUUCUGUCCCUCUCUUCCAGUCAUCCAGUUUGGGUUCGUCUCUCUGUUCGUGGCUUCAUUCCCUCUCGCUCCGCUCUUCGCUCUGCUCAACAACGUCAUCGAGAUCAGACUAGAUGCCAAAAAGUUUGUGACGGAGCUCCGGAGGCCGGUCGCAGUACGGGCGAAAGACAUCGGUAAGCUAACGCACUUUCAUCAAAAACAUCUUUUUAUUAUGGUGGUAGACGUUUUGUAAAUACUGUAAAACUACAAUAUGCAACAGCUUGGUUCAUCCUCAUUGUGAGAGAUGUGCUGCAAAUUCACUUUUUCAGCAGACAUCACAUAACGGUUAGAAGGUGGUCAUGGGGAUAAAUCAUAAUUUAAUGUGAUAUUUUAUCAACACAAUUAUCCUGAGGCUAAAACCUGAAAUCAUUACAGCCCUAAUCCAAAUAUUUGGGAACAUGGGGUUUGAGUUGGAGCAGCCCAGGAUACUUAGAGCCGCCUCUGUUAGCUUUGCAGUUAGGGAUCACUCUAGAUAUUUUAAAGCAACCUCACACAACCUCCUGCUCAGGUCUCUGUGAGGGAAAAAUAAAUGCCAGAUAUCUCUUUGAAACCCACGCCAAUCCCCGUCAUGUCUUUAUCAUUAGUAGUUAAAGAGUUCAGCUUGAACUCCCUUUAAAUUUCUCAGCUACAGUCAUUUUCCUGGUCCUCUUCUCCGCCCUGUCAGUGAAAAAGUUGUUUUAUUUUGCUCCCAUUCCAGCCUGGAGCAUUUCUCUUCCAAAGUCUGGAUAUUUGUUUGAGUGAUUGUGUGUUUUGAACUUUGCAUGUUUGGUGUAUUUGCAGCUUCUAUCCUGUUUUUGCAUGUGAUUUUAUUGUAUGUGAUCUGUUUGUUGCAGAUCAUCUUUCCUUGUCUAAACCAAAAUCAACGAUAGGUUCUACAGCUAAGUAGUGUAAAAAUUAAGAUAUCAGCCCCGGAUGUUGUCAGAUAUUCAAGCCAGAACUUUGGUUUGUGUGUGACUCCAGAGCUCUCCAAGAUGUUUUCCCUACACUAUAUCCAUCAACCCAAAACUGGUAGCCUGGUAGACCUCUUGGAAUCCAAUCUCAGGACCAGACCCAAAAGUAUGACCAAGAGUGUCCUUUGCUAUCCUGCAUCUGCGUUAACUUGGAUGCUAAUUUCAGAUUCAUAUUCAGACAACUUUAUUAAUCCCUGAAGAGCAAUUCACUCUGAGUGAUUCGGCUGGGAAAAAACAGAUUUCAUAGUAAAUACAAGCAUUUCUCAACAUAAACUAAGAGUCUUAAAACACUUCUCUGAUUUUCUCAGUUUUUUUAUGGUCCUGAAAAGUCAAUAGUUUGGAGGGUUUCAUUCAGAAAAAUAUUGUACAUUGAAAAAUCUUUUGUUUUGCAGUUAAUCCUUCAUUGUAACCCUGAUAUCUCUCUCUCUCUCUCUCUCUCUCUCUCUCUCUCUCUCUCUCUUUUGCUCUUUAUUCUGUAGGUAUAUGGUACAACAUACUGAGUGGAAUGGGAAAAUUCUCUGUCAUUAUAAAUGUAAGUAUUAAUGCAGCGUCCUGCUUUUAACUGUCACCUCAUUAAAUAAGUAAUAACAGCUGAUAAAUUCACAGGCAUGUAUGCUAACAUUAGCUACUAUACAUGAUGUUAUUUAAAAGUCUCAUACAGAGCACUGACAUACUUCUGUGUGUCAAACUAGCUGAAGAGCUACACAAAGAUUAAAGGACAAUUCCACCACUUUUUCUUACUGGAAGUCCAUUCAUCCAGAGGGCACACUGUAGUGAUGUAUUUUGAUCCUGAAGGUCCCAUUUAAUAAAAAAAGAAAACAACAUUUUACACUCAUACAGUACUCCUCGUUUAACGAAAGAAAAACCCACAAUGUUCACAGAAAUAAAAAUCCUAAGAAGCCUUAUACAGUAUUUAGGCCAAUUGACUGAUUACAAGUUUGUAAACACCUGUGAUGCUAAUUAGUGGACACACCUUGAAUUAACAUGUCCUUUUAAUCACAUUAUUUUCAGUCUUUUCUAGGGGUACCAUCAUUUUUAUACAUUUUAUUCAUGAGUUUGUUUUUUAAAAUAAUUCUGUUGAAGCAUGGUUGAAAAGUAAUGUCUGACUUUCAUCGGUAGAUUUUUAUAGAAUUUUUAUUUAUUAUUACUUUUGUCAGAUUUAAGUUAUUUCUGUGACUGUUGGGAGUUUUUCUUUCAUUAACCGAAGGGUACCAACAAUUUUGUCCAGGUGUGUACUUAAGUCAUCCGCUAGCUGAGCAACCCUGGAAACACUAAUUAAAAGAAGGCACUGCAUUGUUUCUGUCGCGCACCAACUGAGAAAAUACAGUUUCUAAUUUGACUUGAAUUGGCUCCUGUGAUGAUGUCACAACAGGAGUACAUGUAAAACUUCAAUUCUGGACCCUCCUAGGGUAUUGUUUUGCUUUGGCGAUCAAGUGUACAGAUGUCUGAGUCAAGAGCCAGACGUGCACACCACUUUCUUUACGCAGCAGCAUCUGUAGGAAUAAAGGACAAAAGAAACCAGCGGUUGCUUUAUGUUUUAAUUACAGCUUAAACCGGUUACAGCUGGCGCCAGUUUGUUUUUUGGAUCAACAACUUAAUCUUGGACUGCUUACACAAAGAAGACUGACCAUAUUAAGCUGCAUAUGAAAGACAACACAGUAGGAAUACCACGCAUACUGUACAUUGUUAUGAUACCUGUAAGUAGUUUUGGUUUGAUUACAUGGAAAAACAUACAAUUCAGAUGUUUCAUUCCAUGUUAUAGACAUUUAAAGCACGCAGGUUUGGUUCAUUCACCAAAAAGACUUCAUGUACAAGAGGUCAGGUAUUACCUGCCUCAAACACUGACACUGAACUCUGCAGCAACGCUCCACUCUGUAAUCCAGCUUUUAUCAUCUCUGUUGUGUAUCAUAUAGAGAUUUAUCCUCUGUGUUUGCCCUGAGCUAUCAUCCACCGUGACCCUGACAGAUCCCUGAAUCACGUCCGAAAUACCUUAACAUCCUGAUCUGCCGAGGUCAAGGUGUGUUUGUGAAGACGGGGAUUUGCUCUGCUCGGGAUUUGUCCACGUCCAGCCAACCAAAUCUUGUUCCGUUUACUUUUAAUACUAAACAGAUUUGCAAAGGAUUCCAAAAAACCAGCAGCAGGAGUUUUUAUUUAUUCUGGAUCUGACUCACAUAAACUCGCUUAAGCUGGCCUGGGAGCUGAAGGCGAUGGAAAACUGGGAGCAGACUUCCCCUUUUAGUGCAGGCCUCUUGCAAUCAUGUAUCAGCGCUGAGAAGAAUGUAAUAUCUCAAGACCCAAACAAGAGAGUACACGGUGCUGUCAGAGCCGUCUGCACCGCUGUGUGAGGUUUCAUAAAUCACAUUAUUAUAGCAGAUUUUUAUAUAAACACUCUUUCGCUCUGUCUCUUUCCUCUGAAGGCCUUUGUGAUCUCCUUCACGUCGGACUUCAUCCCUCGGCUCGUCUACCAGUACAUGUUCAGUCAGACCGGUACCAUGCACGGCUUCAUCGACCACACGCUCUCCUACUUCAACGUUUCCAAUUUCAAACCCGGAACGGCGCCGCACAACUCUCAACUCGGGGACAUCACGUUCUGCAGGUAGGCCCACACAUGAGAAAAGAGUCAAAGACAUUAAAAAUUUACUUUUUCAUUAUCUGAUCUAUCAGGGACUCUGAGCUACUGUUUUGGAGUCUAUUUUGGCGCCUUGUGUUGGACGAUAAACAUGCUUAAGCACUGAAUAACUGACCAAAAACAACCAUCUCCACUUUCAUCUCUUUAUCUCCCAUGGGUCAUUGGAGCUGAUUUGUGUUUCUAACCAAAUUUACUUUUCCCUGAAACCAUAAAUCUCUUCCAGUCUUAAAACUCGUGUCCUGAGGCAACGCCAACUUAUUCACAGAUAAUGUCAGCAGAAGAUGAUGGUUUGAUUAAAUUCUGUCCGCUGGUCUUUCAUUUAAUAUAUCUUGAUCUUAAAGUGGUGCAAAGAGGUCAAACAAACUGCCAUAUUUAGUGAUAAAUUUGAUUAUGUGUUUAUUUGAAGCAAUUUUACAAUUUAAGGGGCUUUUUAUGGCUUUAUUAGAGAGAGAACAACAGCGGAUGGAUCAGGGAACAAGAGGGAGAGACAGGAAAGAGGCAGAAGGUUGAAACCAAAUCUUUGGGGAGUCUUUACACUUUUAUGUAAUCAGGAGAAAAACCUAAAAAGUUGUUUCAAUAGAAGUGACAAAAACACAACCUGUUUUUAACAUUGUUCCAUCAGCAUUGGAAGUAUAACAUCGCUCAUCGUCUGCAUAGGGUAGCAGUACGAUCGCUUAUAUUCCAUUACAUGUGCAACUGCAGGGUUAACGCAUCAUUCAAGUGGAGUUAAAUCGACCAAUCAAGAGCUUUCAGAGAUGAACUCAGUGGAAACUCACUCGCUGCGUUUCCAUUACAUUUUUUCACAAAAUUAAAGUGAUGUUUAUCAAAUUUCAACAAAGUACAAUUGUCAAAGGUAAACUUUCUGCCCGUACGACCUCGUAUUCCUUAAGCCUUUUUGCACACCAACAUGGACGAGACACUUAACAUUUUGCGUCUUGGAGCAGCUAUUUCUGUGACCAUUACUGCUGUUGCCGCUGCUGUCAUCAGAAGACGAAGGCAGCGGGUGAUAAUUCAAAGACAAAGACCGUAUGUAUGGGAGCGGACAUGGAUGAGGAUCGUUAACGAGGAAUUCACAGACCAAUUGUGGAUUCAAAACUUCAGGAUGACCCGGGAUAGGUUCAAUGAACUGUGAUGCUAUUGAGCCUCUCGUGGCACCCGCCAUGUCAAGCCCCUGGGAGGCAGUUCCCACUCGGAAUCAUGAUCACAUGACCCACUACGUCACGUCCGGUGACGUAAAAUUACGAGAAUAGUGUUUCCAUUACACUUUUGCGAUAUUCUUCUAUAUCGACACGUCUGAAAAACCACCUCAUGAGAGCGUAAAAACCUUUUAGCGAUAUUUGAGGUUUUUCGAAAUUUAGGUGUUUCCAUUACCAGUUUUCUAUGAUGAUAUUUAGGUUUUGCGCAAAUCUAUGGGUAAUGGAAACGCAGCUAAUGUCGUACUUGUAGAGUGGUGAACAUGCAGUAACUAAACUGAACUUAAGUUCGAUCUUAUUUUUAAUUUCUGAUUUUAGCAGGAAACAGAGGAAGAGUUUCUGUCAGUAUUUUCACUUUUUAUGAUGCAACUAAAAAUAUGGUGAAUGUUUGAUGAGCGCGCUGUAGCAUUUGACCAAUUAACAGAAUAAAGUGUGAGAAUAAAUCUUCAGACAAAGACGCGGCCCAGCAUCAGUGAAGUUUGAUUUGUUAGCCUCGCAGACAGAGCGCUUUUGUAUCUCCCAUGCGUUUUCACUCAUUCCAGUGGCAAAAACGAGUUUCAUAAUAUCGAUACAAAGCGCCGCGGACAAAAAGGUCACGGAUGCCAGCGCCCGCCGACUGAGGACAACCUGCUGUUAUGUAACACGGCAAAGAAUUACGCCGCAAGAAUGCCGUCUUUGUGUCAGUGGAGCGCGGUACGUCACGUCUGAAACACGACGAGCCGCUGUGCGCAUUUAGGCGUGAAAUUGGCUAAAACAUUUUUCAAGAACGGCGUCUUCGUCUUCACUGUGUGCAGCACUGUGUGGUGUGUGUCCAGACAGCUGUCUUCAAUGCGGACCUCGCCUCAAGGCUCAUGGUCAAUGAUUUCACUCCUCAUGUCAUUCAAAGCAUGCCUGAUUUUCUAGACAAGUCAAUUCUUUCAUUUUGUUUCCUUCCUGUGACUCAGAUCAUUUAGUGACCCCUUUAGCACCAAUAAAUAUGUGCCAGAGAGGAGCUGAUGUGUUGAUGAUGUUCCCCGUCAGAGAACGGAGGAAUCAGAUGAUCAAUUAUAGGUCAAAAAUUUAAGAUAAAGAAGCACUGAAGCUGUUUAAGUAGCGCAGAGUAAAAGCAGGAAGAAAGGAGGCACUGUAGCUGUGUGGAUGGAGGCGUAGAUGGAUUGUGUGAUAGAGACCGACCACUGAGGUAUUAAAUCUUUAAAACGGCAUUUAAAAACAGCAACGCUAAGAACUUGUAGACGGUUUCUGUGCCAGCGGGCUCUCCAUCACUGUACGUCUCUGCGGUCACGUGCUCUCUGCUGCAAUCCCAGAGCUGAAUGAGUCAGGAGAAAGUCUGCUUCACCGCCUUUCUGGAGAAGAAUGAGAUUUUAAUCUGGGGAAGGAUCAUGGAAAUGCAGAUUUAUUGAAUUUAAUCUGAAUAAAGGAGAAGGAGUAUGGAUUUUGUAGUAGCAAAUAAAAACAAUGUUAAAGUUGAAUUGGGAACAAACCAUAGAAAACAAAAGAGCUGAAGGAUUCCUCGAGUACGUCUGUUAUUUACAGGUCAAAGCAAAUCAUUUACCUUGAGCUGUAGAUUAAAUCCAGACAGUACAGUGCGUGAAAUUCUGGCCCAGAACAACCAUCAGGAGAGUUCCCUGUUGUUAUAAUUUUCCUGUUCUUCCAGACAAGCAGCGCUGCAGAGCUAUCGAAACAGUUUAUUGUUGUUAUGAUGUGAAAACACAAAGACCAACAUCAGGGAGGUUCAUCUCUGUGCUUGUUCAUCGUGGUUUUCACAUGUGUUUAAUGCUCCAGCUCACUGUUAACCCUCCUCCUCUUACUGAUAUGGGAGUCAGAUGUGGGAGUGAAAUGUUUUCCCCCAUUUUUUAAAACCAGCAGAGAAAAAUUUUCCUGCAGCUUUUGUUGCACAAACUCGACAGUCUGACUGCACACAGAUCCGACUGUUUCCUCUGUGCUGAUGAGCAGAGACGGGUCUAGACUCUGUGACUGGGGUCGCACUGAUAUGGAUGGAGGUGGCCAGGAUACAUGUGCAUACCCACAAAUUAUGAACAUUUACACUAUCUGUGGACUGAUCUACUAAAGAUGGGCAUCGACUUUGACACUUGGACAAAGGUGGCGCUGUAGUGGAGUCACUUGGACUCGAUCCUUUAAGACUAAUGCUGUGUUCUAGUUCCCUCGGAAGUCAGAUGUUGGAACUGGGAAUGAUACAACACCCGAGUUGAUGGCGUUCCAAUAAACAAGUCGUAAAACCAAGAUGGACACCUUCUGUUAGCCGUUGUUGGCUGUUGUUUACAAUUUUCAGCUGUUGUUAGCUGUUGUUAGCUAUACCAGUUGUAAACAACGCAUAACACAGUAUUUUACUUUACAAACACCAUAGUACAGUGUUUACAGUUAGACGUUGGGCAGUACAACAUAAACCACUUAUUUAAUUUUACAAAAACAAAACAGAAGUGCUAAUAAAUAAAACAUUAUUAGAGCUUUCACCGUUACUCUUUACUGUUGAUGCACUGUGCUGCCAUCUUGGAUCAUGACGUUGUCGUCAAGUCGGCGUUGUUGAGGAUCUUCUGAAUUUCCGAGUCGGAAAUCCGACUUUAGGGGGGCGUUCCAGAUGAAUUUCAGACUCAGAGCUCAGAAAUUCCGACUUCCAAGUACAACUGGAUUACAGCAUUAAGACUCAACUUUAUCAGAACUUGAGCUGCGGAACUCGUCAGCGAUCUUCUUUGUUUAUUAUAACAUCAAGAAGUCAAUAUGAUUACAAUAAGAAAUGUUGCAUCUUAUGAACUAAAUUAAUGGCUUUUUGAGCAGGACACUUGAUGUCAUACAUUAAAUCCAUUGAUUCAUUUAGUCUUUUUCUUCGUGGCUUUGCAAGAAAACGUUUUUGGCGAAAUAUAAACUAAUCAGGGUAAAUUUCAAGAAGGAGAUUCAUGAUGAUUUUGAGCAGAAAACUUCUCAUCAAUGACGCUUUGAAGGCGCUCCAGGUUCUUGCCCCUGCUGGGUUAUUAAUAACAAAAUAUGAACCCCUAAAAAGCCAUAUCUUCUGUUCGGCUGACCUUAGACGUCCACACGAAGAGGACAAGAGGGAAAACAGAACAGAGGAAGAUCAAAACGAGACACUUCUGCUCUUCAAUCACUGAAAUCUUUCACCGAGUUUCACUGGGACUCACAGGGAAUGAGGAAUGCAAACACAAGAUAAAAUGAUAGAUUAGAGAUGAAGAAACAACAAACAGAGCCAAACCUUCGAGUCAUGAGGUUCCUUAAACUCAUGUGUUGCCAAUCAUCUUCUCCCCUCCUGGACCGGUUCUUGGACUCUCCAGUCCUCGUGUCAAGACUGCACUUGUUCCCCGACUUGACAGGAAGCUGGCUGUUGUUACUGUCUUCUCACAGAAGAGUCAAGCGAGGGUCAAGGACUAAUGUGAAGGUUUAUCACGCAGCAUCUGAUACUGUACCGAUACUCUGUUUGCUCGUUGACUGAAAGUGUAAAAUCAGUCGCUGUGAAAAACGAUAAAAAGUAACGGCUUAAUCUCGCUCUGACAAAAACCCAAAACAGGUAAAGACGACUUCCUGCAAACUCACUGUUACCUGACGCCAAGUGCAUUCCCCGCCGGAGGGUCAGUGUGUGUUUGAGUGUAUUUUAAGGAUGGGAAUGGUCUGACCCUUGUUUGUCUGUAAAUUUAUUGCUGGUUCCCAGGAGGCCCAGGGUUGGCAGCAGGAACUUUCAGGAACACACACAGACACACACACACACAAACACACACACACUCCCGAGUCUCUCACAUAACCGACCGUAAUCUCACUGAGUGGUCUUAUGAAAGAAUAUUAAGUUAGAUGCCCCAGUUGCUGCCGACUGUUAUACCCAAAGAUGGAGCGUCUCGGAAAUAGACACACGCACGCUUUAAAAAAAAAAAGAGGGAGAAAAAGUUCUUUUAUAAUAUUUUUAUAUUAAAUUCCACUCAGGGAAGUAAUGCUGAGUGGACCAGGAGGUCUUUGACUUGUUCAAACGUUCGGCUCAUAUUGAAGCCGACCCACGACAGAAAGCGCAGUAAUUAUUUAGCGAGCGAGCGGGACGAAGAUGAACAGAUGAAAGAAAAAAAAAAAGAGAGGAAAAGAAGAGUCGUCUCUCGCAGGCAGCAUUCCUCACACAUGACUGUAUAAGGAGAAGGAAUCAGACACCAGGAGUCACACACACACACACACACACACACAUACACAACACUCACACACAUUUCACUCUUCGUCUUCUUCGUUUCUAUACCGCUCGACGGCUCAAUCAGUCGCUUUCAUUUCUUUCAGCUUCAGAGGCAUUCUUCGCUGACAGCCUGUAUGUUUGGAUGUCAGUCUAUUCAAUUUAAAGCUUUGAUCAGAGUUAUCCAAUUAAUCUGACAUGUUUACAGUAACUGACAGCUGCUAGUGGGAUCGCUCUUUCCGGCGUUCCUCCUCUGUUCUGGUUUGUUCUCAUCAUAUGUUGUCAUUUUCAUCUCAAGUAGGAAACAUGAUGGAUUCAUGUAUGAGGGCCAGUUGGCUUUGUUCAAACUGCAGGAGAAGUCAAUUUGAAGUACAGAGUCAAAUUUUCAAAUCCUCUUCAGUCCUGGUCUAUCAAGGUGUGCCACAAGGCUCCAUCCUUGGACCGCUCCUCUUUAUUGUAGACAUGCCCCCCAACAUCAAACGGUCAAGUCAUCAGAAAACAUGGACUCGUCUUGCACUUCUACGAUGAUGAAACGCUGGGAUUCCACCGCAUGCAGAUCCGCUAUGCUAGGGUGACCAUACGUCCUCUUUUACCCGGACAUGUCCUCUUUUUUGGGGGCUGUCCGGCUUUGUCCUGGGAAGUUUAAAAAAUCCUUCAAAUUUCCGUGGUUUUGUACGUAAGUUUCGAUUUUGUGUCACAUGGACUUACUGAGUUAGAAGCAAAUAAAAGACACUCGAUCCAAUCUGCAAAACUCUCAAAAUUAACUUUGUGCGACUCCGUGACUCCGCCCCCACAUAGUCGUGUCCUCUUUAUGGGAUGUCAGAAUAUGGUCACCCUAGGCUAUGCUACACUACCCUCUGGAACAGCAGGUGGAUCAAGAAUACAAGCAUACCGCACUCACCAGAUCCGCUGCUGCAGGUGGAGGAGAAGCGCUUGCGAUAUUACCGAUAUAUUCAUGAGACUGGGCGAGAUUUCACGUGUUUCACCGUGAGACAUUGAAUGAGAUCGGCGGUGUAUAUAAACAUCCACAUCCCACAACCCUGGCCCCUCCCAUUAUCACAUGAAGAACAGUUCAACGUAUUGACUUUAUUUUAUAUUGAAAUUUAAUCGGAUAUUUUACUCUGUAGCGGCAAAUAACUUACACUGCCACUCAUGCUGCACUGCACCUAAUUAAUGCGCUGUGCUGCAGCGUCCGGCCAAAAUAGAAGCCUUGUGUAUCUGAUCCAACCACCGGAGCGGAUUCGCAGCAAAGCCACACUGAUUGUUUGGAAUCACAAACAUUGAUAACAAUUCUUGCGUAUUUGAUCAGGCUGCCGUUCCAGAGCGGAGCGCCGCUGUUCCUGAUCCUGUGGAAUUUAGCCGUAAACACGCCACCCAGUCCCCUCCAUGGUCAUACAUCCACGGCCUCACUUUCAGAUCCACACGCUCUGGUCUCGUGGAUUUCCAAACUUUAAUAGAGGAGUUGCAAAUUCAGUUAUACGUGUUAAAGCAACACACACUCUACAAAUGAGUAGCAGGUGGAUGUUAUUUAGGAGCAAACAGGAUUUAAUAAUAGACUGAUAAGACAGAAACAGUUUUAUCUCCAGUCUCUUCAGGUCAGAGAUUAUGUUAAUUAGUAGUUUGGACGGAGUCAGGAGAAAUUAGAGGUUCUGGAAAACAUGAUUUUUAAUGAGAGGAAAUACAGUUAAUUUUUAGCAGAGCCAGAUCGAGUAAUGAGAGCUUCCUAUUAGUUCUUCAAAAGCUAAACAGAGUCUGUGUAACUCGAAAAGUUAAUAAAACAUGAAGAGCUUUUUUUAGACUAAGUUAGCAGGAUUUUAUUUUCUGAUUUGUUUCUGACCGAUGAACAAGGACCACCUGAAGUUUGAUCAGAGAUUUCUGGUCCUGGUCAAAAAUCAGUCCGGCACUCAACUCUCUUAAAAAAAUCUGUAUACUCUUACAUUGACCUCCAUAUUUCACCAGUUAGAGUGGACAUCAGAUGUGUUGUCCUGGUUGAUGUUUCUCUCUGUUUAUCACUUUCUUCUUUUUAUGAAGCCCGUGUUCAGAGAGGUGUUCAAUGUUUCCUCUUUUGACUCGAUCUGACGCACUCAUUUGUCCAUCCGAUGUCCUAAAUGCACUUAUUCAAAGGACACUAUAGUUGAAAGACUGUUUUAUCUCCAGCCAAGGCUCCACAUAAUGCAGAUCUUUGUCCAUAAAUCUCAAUCUCCUCCAUCUUUUCUGAACAUUCGGCGGUUUGGGAGGAUGCAUUUUUGCUUAAAGAUGUUCUCCAGAUUAACAAUGAGAUGGACUGUCUCUAAAGGAAUGCUAUAUGUUGUACUGUGCAUCCCACAGGCAAAGGCGGACUCCUUCAACAUGGCUGUCAUGAAAAUUGACCCUAAAGGGGCCACAACACAAAGCCAGCCAGAGACACCAGAGCCCUGUCCUUCCUUUACUCCUCUCCAUCUUCAGGGGGUUGGUAGAUGGUCAGAUAGUGGCCUGCUCUCUGUUCCCAACAUUGUCUUUGUCCUCAGAUUCGUUUUCAAGUAUGUCGACAUGCAGGGAUUAAGUUUGAACACUAAAUGCAUUAAUUCCUCCGGAAACCUGAAUCCACUUUAGCCCUCUAUGUCGCUCAGUCUUGUGUACAAAGACCGGACACUUUAAGGAGAUGAUAGAGUAAUUGCAAUGUGACGCUGCUACCGUACAAUUCAGCCGUUUGCUCAUUGGUCCAGCGGUGAAGUCUGUUGCCAUGCGCUUGUGUUUUUAAAGCAAUAUCAAACUUAAAUGUUGUGAUUGAAGGAGGCUGUGAUAUUUAUUUUGGAUUAGGAUGGUGAGUUUGAGAUUAUUCUUACCCCCAAUUUCCACCGCAUCCGUAAAAGCUCCACCACAGAACGGCUGCGAUUUUCGCUGUUCACCAAUUCCUACUGGCUGCGUUUGUGAGGCGAAUUUUGUCUUACAAGAACUCACAAGAACCCGCAAAUUCACAUGCAAUCGCGCGAUAACGAGUUGUCUUUAUAAAGACGAUCACAUAGAUGUAUGAGCAGUAGAUUGUGUCCUUCCAGAGGAGAACAUCUACUUCUAGACUUCUAGAAUCGGCAUCUCUAAUAACCUGUCACUUUUUUGUCCCUGUCACAUAGUGUUUGAAAAGAAGUCGGAUGUUUUAUUUUAUGUCUGUGCCCGACUUCCUUUCCAGCACGGGUUAAUCUGUGCUGAAUUUAUGCGGCAUUCUGCAGCGUCUGUUGAUCCGCAGCAGAAUGGAAAGAAGACGGUGGAAAUAAACACAUUAACUUUCAUGUAAACAAUCAGCUGUGAUUGGCGGAUACGGCCUUUUCAUAGCUGUUCCGGACGUGGUGGAAAUUGGGGAUUUGGAAGCAGCGCAGUUAAUUCUUUGAACAGGUCAUAAGAACAGUCAUAGGUGAGGUCCUGAUGGUGAUGUUAAGAUGAGUUUAGUCUGUUUAUUUAUCUCAGCUUUUCUUCUUGUUGGCAGGUUAUAUUCAACAAUGUCCACCUCACUGAUCAAUCUUAAGACCCAGAAUGACAUUAACCAAAGUUGACAUGAUUGUAACACGAAGACAGGGAGACGGCUGUUUCAGAUUAGUCCUGACCAAUCACAGGACUUCAGGAUUUUAUCCCAACUCUAGAAGUUUGCUCGACUUUGAAAUCACAUGAAAAGUCGUGUAAGGUAAGUCAGCGUUUCCACCGUGGCACCCUCCAUCUUCAGACUUCUACAUGCCUCUCCAAAGAGAGCACAUCCAUGUUUUUCGUAAACAGUCUGAUCCCGAAAAUUAAAACGAAGUUUUUAACAAUAAAGAUUGUAUUUAACUUUUAAGUCUUAAUGAAUUUCCCAGACACUAUAUUCAGUUUUAUACUGAAGCCUCUCAGUGUCUGCCCUGGUUUUCUGCUUUUGGAACAAAAUAUUCUGAUAUUAAUUCAGGCCAGCAUUGUCAAACAAAAGUCCUUAAAAAUCAGGUCAAAAACACACCAAUGAAGAAAGAGAUCGUAUCAAAUCCAUUUGUGAGUCACUCAUCUGUAAAAGCAUGUGUGCACUUUUGUUUUUAUUCCCGUGAUUCAUGUUUAAAGGGAAUUGUAACGCUUGUUGAAAGUGGCAAUCUUUUGUUGAUUAUUGCUUUUAUCGGAUGUGAUUUUGUGCCGCAGGCUUAAAUACUAACAGACGUCCGCUCAGCGUGAUGCUCUGCCGAGAUGAAAACCUGCUGCGUUCUUUAUCUUCAUGUGAAAAUGACCGAAACGUCCCGAAUAAAGAAAAACUUCGUUAAGUAUUUAGAGCGUGAGAUUCUUCUCCUGCUGUGAGCGAAUUUCUACACCUCUCCAUCAACUUUGCUUUGAACGUCCAUCACCUCGCACACAUGUGCACCAUCAGUUGGCUCACCGUGUUGGUGUUAAUGCCUAAACCAGGCGUUGUCCAGGAGACAAUGGUUGAUGUAGACGCUAAUGAAUGUUAAACUUGUUAGAAAUAGCAUCCAGGAAUUAAAGUUAUUCUCCUUCACGCCCCAGUUUUCACGGCUUUGGCUGUCGAGCUUCGUCUUCUGCAUCUCAAACAGUCCAGCUGCAUCCUGACAUCAUCUUCUUUUGUUCGACCAUCUUUUCGCUCUGCAGUCAACAGGUUCAGCAGUUCCUAAUGUUACUGCACCAUGAUCUUCAGGUUAGAUUUCCUCACCUGGGGCCUUAUGUAUCAAUACUUGCGUGGAACUCAUACCAGAAACGAGCGCACGCAAGGUCCGUCACGCUGAAAAAAAUCUGUACGUAUCAAUGUGUGCGGGCACCGAAAUCCACGUGUGUUUCCUUGAUAAAUCCCAAUCAGCGUGGAAUUGAGCGCAGAUGUCGGAGUGACUGGGCCCGUCACCGUUACGCCCUCCUAUAAAUAUGCAGAUUUAUUUAAAUCGGGUCUCCCUGUCCUCGCACGCAGACAAAAUGACAAGAAAAACUAAAUUUACGGCGUGCGAGGUGGAGGUGCUGGUGGCGGAGGUGGAGGAGCGACAGCGUGUUUUGUUUGGCAGCCUGUCCAGUGGCGUCAGUUCAAAACGAAAACGCUUGGAGUGGGAGAAAGUUUGCGAGAGGGUGAACGCGGUGGGUUCCGAGACACGCACCCCCGCGAAGAUUAAAAAAAAGUGGUCGGACCUCAAGGUGGAGGUCAAGCGGCGUACAGCUGCCCUCCGGAGGAGUACUGGCCAGACAGGUGGGGGUCCGGGGGAGGAGACCCUCACGCCGUUUGAGCAGCGGGUGGUGGCGAUUACUAUUAUAGGGUAAGUGGCGUGUCACACAAAUGUCCACAUGCUUUGCCAUCCCACUGAGCAAAAGACGUAUGUUAGACGUCUAGUCUAAGUUUAUACUUCAUUUCAACGUCGGGAUUCAGUCUAUUUUUAGACGUGAUUUAUACUUCGCCCUUAACUUCAUUUUUCAAUAACUUUUUAUGCAAUAAACAACUGUAAUGUGCAUAACUGACCUCGAAAUACUGGAUUACAUUACCUAUGAUACCGUGGAGAGAGAUGUAAACACAACAGAUACACAGAAGCAGGAAUUGAAAUAAACUAAUAUUUUUAUUGUGUCACAGAAAUCAAUUUGUUGGCCGUGUCGCCGGCUUGCGGAACCCCGGCCCGCGGCAGCCCGUCCGCCGGCUCGGAGUCGUCGGCCAGGACCAGCGGCAUUCGGGCCACCCCGGCCCCCGGCCCCAGCACCAGCAUCAGCAUCAGCACCAGUGCGCCGACAAGCGGUGGAGCGUCCACCAGCCGCGGCGCUUCCGCUGGACCACCCGGACGCAGUGGAAGGGUCCUCGCGGAGGGGGUCCUGCAAUCGCAGGAAGAAAUCAUCAGGGGGAUCGCGGGGAUCAACGAGCGGCUGGACCGGCUCGUAAAUGUCCUCGAGCGUCUGGUGGAGAAAAUAAAUUAAUUUGGCUCAUUGAACUGUGUAUUCACUUCUUACCCAUUCACACUGUGGCGAUGAGAUUCUCCCGCGUGAGGACGGCGGCCCGGCAGGGAUCAGCUCGCAUCCCUCCGUCUGCUGCUGGUUCGUCAUGUGGGGCGACGUGCUGCUCGGCCACGGGGAUGUGGUGCACGCUUGUCACAUAGUGAGUCACCAAACACCGCCACACAGCGUCGCCAAAGUGCGAAUCACAGUCAACGCAAGUAUCGGCUCAACGCCAAUUUCUACACCACCUCCUGACUUUGCGUUGAUUAGCGCUGGAACCGACGCUCGUUUCGCGAUGAUAAAUCUGGACGUGUGCGCCGAUUUUGGCGUACGCAAGGUUUUCUUGCGCCGCAAGCGUUGAUACAUAAGGCCCCAGGUUUUUAUCAUAACAGCCUCUUAGCACCACUUCACAGACGACUAGUGUUACCUGAGAGCCAAACGACAUUCUCACUUUGACCCUUUGUGCCUGAAUUUGGUUUGAAGGAUUCACAUUUGCUCCUUUUUUCUCAUCUGGAAUAAAAACAAGAUGCUUGUGCGCCAAUGAAAACAGAAUCACACGGCUUAUAUUUGAAGACAAAUCCACUGUCUAUCAAAAGGCGAAGUAAUUACCAUUCAUGUCACCUGCUGAAAAUUAAGACAUUUCCAGAAAUUUCAUAUGUCUGAGCAAUAUUCUUGUCUUGGUCUUUACUAGCCAACAUGCAUUUUGAUAUGGUGAACAUGUUGUGCAGACCACAGGUUGUGUCGUUAGAUACACUUAGACGAAGAAUGACUCAGUUUAACACAGUAUUACAGUAUUUAUUGGAUAUCACACCCUAGAAGUAGGGGAUGCUUUGUCGUCAUAUAAAUACAGCCAUCAUUAGGGUUGGGUAUCGUUUGAUUGAACGAUUCCGGUUCUGAUUCCGAUUCCUCAUUUCGUAUGGCGGCUUCUUCUUCGUUGGUGUUUAUCGGCAUCUUCCUCGUUGGUGUUCGGCGGCUAUUUCUUCCGGUCGGUGGACUCCGGCAUCGAAACUUGGAAUUGGAAUUUUAAAACUUGAACGGUUCCAGGAGAAUCGGAACGUUAGUCCCAGUCCCCAUCGACGCUCGAGACCUAGCCAUCUAACAGUUAUCGCUCAGCUCUUAAGGAAUGAAGCUGAUGCCAAAAAAAACUCAAGUUUCCUGAGUGUUAGCUUGAGGCUGGAUAGAAAAGCAUGAUUGAGAUGGGGUCAUUUGUUAAGGGCCAAACAAGGAAGGUUAGGGUUUUUGUUGGUAGGUCAUCAUUCGUAUGUUCAUUCAUAACCGUAAACUGGCUCUCUGUCCAGUUCCUAAUUUCAUAAACUCAGUGGGUUAAACAUACAUAUGUUAUCUUUUCUUGUUGUACAUAUCGUGCAAAAAUCUACAAAAAAUCCUCUUGCAGUCAAACUCUGAACCCAACAGGAAGUCCACCAGUUUGAUUUAGAUUUUUAAACAAUACAUGGUAGUACGAACUUUUGCAUUCACCCGACCAAAUUUGAUGGUGACAUCUCCAUAAACAUUUUUGUCACAGUAGUAGUGCCACCUAUUGGACAAGAGUGGUGUUAAUAUUCUCUCUUGGAUCAGCCUUUAUUCUCUAUAGUUUCUUUAUUUCUGCAGCAGCACAGAUGAGACUUAGUUUAUAACUCGCUCCACCUGCUGCUCGGUUCAGUCUGCUGUAAAUCAAACAUUCAUGCUGAUAGAUUCGUCUGACCUCGACGACCUGAAAUUAGAUUUAUUCAGCGCAGUGAUGUAACUCUGUAAAUAAACAACACAUGUGACAAACACAGUGACUCAAGAAAAGACAGAGUUUGUGUCAGAUGACGCCGCUCUGAAUCAGCUCCUACUCUGUUGUGUUUAAUCAGGUCUGCUACACAAAACUGAUCCUCCUCCUAAUUUUUUAAGACCUUCCUUGUUUCAUUAAUCACUCUUUUCUGUCUCCAUUUCACCUCCUUCACUUUUUAACUUCUAUCUCAUCCUUCUGCGCUCUUGUCUUUCCUCAAUCUCUCUCUCUUCCUCUCUUUGAUUCCUCGGCCCUCGGUCUAAAGCUGCCUUCCGUUAGCUCCACAUGUGGUUCCAGUUUUCUGCUGUUUGUUUUGCCAGCACAAUAAAGAGUGUUUACUACAAUGAAAACAAAGGAAAGGAAUCCUAAUAAAGUUUAUGGCGCUCUGAGUCGGGUCCCAGGCCGGGUGAAGAGAGCAUUAUGUUCUUACUGGGGUUUCGUUCCAGUCAGGUAGAGAUAGACCAGUUUGUGUUUCACAGAGAGAAAACAGCACAGGGGUCGAUUCUUAGAGACGGAUUUAGCUGAAAAAUGGUCAACUAUUACAUUCUGGCAUGAAAACAGCAACUGACUGGAACAACACCUUUUCUGAUCGUAUGUGGGUCUCGUAAAAACAAUCAAGUCUUAACACAUCAUCUUCCACCAGCAAGAAGGACAAUCUAGACAAUAGUGGACCACCGAGACACAGCAGAUGGUAAAUCAGGGAAAAUCAUCAAAACAAAGUCAUCAGCGAUCCAUUGAAGAACGUCUUUUCACACUUGCAUGUGUUGUAUCUGAGCGGCGUCCCAUUUAAGAGUUACAUUCACAUGUACUACUGUGGGGAGUGUUGCACUCUUUUGCAUGACAUUGCUGCUAGUUCAACCACAUUGUUCUAGCGUGGCUGAAGUAAUGAGGAGGUGCAGUCUUUACCCGAGUCCGGAAAAGGUGUUUCAAACUCCCGUCUCUCCAGUCUUUCCCUCACGCCGUAUGAUUGUGAAGUAACCCCCAAUUUUCACCGUAUCAGGAACGGCGGCAAAAAGUCUGUCAGUGCCGAUCGCAGCUGAUCGUUUCCAUUCAAGUUAAUGUGUCAAAUUCCACCGGGUUCUUUCCGUCCUGCUGCGGUUCAGCGAGCUCCACAGUCAAUUGCCAGAGCUCAAUCUUUUUACGGAUGCUGCAGCAUAAAUUCAGCACAGAUUAACUCGUGCUGGAAAGGAAGUCGGGCACAGACACAAAAUAAAACAUUGGGCGUCUUUUCAAAAUAAAACACUACCUGUUUCAGGUGGAUCGUAUUUCACACCAUGCAAACGUGGGCGGGGGCGAACAAGUCAAAGUCUAGAAGUGGAUUUCCUCCUCUGGAAGGACCAAUCUACUGCUUAUAUGGUUAUGUGGCUGUCUUUAAAGAGACGACUCGUCAUUGUGCGAUUGCAUGUGAAUCUGCAGAUUCUUAUGAGUUCUUGCAAUUCCUGCUGUCCGAAAUCCGCCAUGAAAUUUGCCUCACAAAUGGAUCUGACAGGAAUUGGCAGAUGGCGAAAAUCGCUGCAGUUCCAUAGUGGAGCCAUUCCAGAUGCGGUGUAAAUUGGGGGUUAGCUGGGAGCUUCUCUUCUCUUUACAAUCUCCAAGUUUAACCACAUUGUACUGGCUAGUAAUCACAAAAAAUGAAGAUGUUCGGUCUUUACUGGAGUCCGAAAAAGCGUUUCAAACUCUUAUCUCUCCAGGCAGUUGCUGCAAAAACAUCCAGUCUUUCCCUCACUUCGUAUGAAUUCACCAGUGUGAUUCAACCAUGUACCAAAACAGUCGACAAACACACCAGCAGGAGGCUAACCAGCUGACACGUCUUUGUUUUGUUGUUUUCAUGGCUCGGCUCCAAAACUGGAUUGUCUUUCUGGGAAAACUUCCUCAUGAACGACUUUACUCUGGAGCGAACAGUUUUGUGUUUCCUCUUUUGUCUUUACUGUCUCCAGCUGAGCCCUGAAGGAGUUUUAUUUAUCAGGCAUAAAACUGUGAGAUCCUAAAAGUGUGUUUUUUUUUAGCUCUAACGCUGUGUUCCUGUGGGGGUUUUCUCUAGGUAUAAAGACUACAGGGAGCCCCCCUGGUCUUCAGACGCGUACACGUUCUCCAAACAGUACUGGUGUGUCCUGGCUGCCAGGCUGGCUUUCGUCAUUCUGUUCCAGGUAUGAACUAGAAUCUGCAAACACAGAAUCCUAAAUUAUUCAUGUGAAGAAAAUGAAAACUGUUUCCUCUCCCCUCCAGAAUCUGGUGAUGUCCCUAAGCCUCGUGGUCGCCUGGGUGAUUCCAGACGUCCCCAAAACCAUCGUGGAGCAGCUCAAACGGGAGAAGAAGCUCCUGGUGGACCUUUUCUUGAAGGAGGAGAAGGAGAAAUUCCAGCUCAUCCAGAGCCUCUUCACCAAGGACGCCACCAAACAACCGGGCAGCCACGCCAUCCGCCCGCGCCAGGGUCCCCAGCUCUCGGGUCGCUACAGCACGCUGCCUCCGGGUACGACGCAGGGCGGCGACGGCGGCGGUCCGAGAGUGAGGUGUAGAGCGGCCAGCUUCAGCCAGUUCAGCAGGAAGUUUCCUCCGUCGCCCGGAAGCGAGAAUAAAAACUCGAAACACACAGCUGUGUGA